GUGUGGUUUCCUGACCCUUGGGCAUCUUGACUGGUCUCCUCUGCACAUGUUCCAGCUUAUCUAGUUGCAAGUUUUGGGAAAGGAGUGGACAGGAGCCAAAAGUUAAUGGGGUCAAGAUUACCGUGGAAGAAGAGUCUGUCAUGGUGGGCACAUUUCUCCUUUUCCAGGGAGAUUACAGGUAAACAGCCCACACUGAGUGAAUCAGGGAGCCCUUAUCCCUCCAGACUGUGCCCCUUGGGACUAGUUGGGUGGAAGGCAGAUAAAGUGGUGACGCUGAGACUAAGGAAGAAGACGAAGGAGACAGCCAGGGCUAUCUACCUGGACUGGUUUAACAUAAGAAGGCAGGUGGGUGGGAGCUGGCUGAGAACAUUCUGAGGUUGGUGGGGCAGUGCUCCACUUCCCCAAAUGGACCAUCCUCCACCAUAUCUAACCUCAUCAGCUUUGAGCAAAUCAGGACAAGCGCUCCACAGCGCCAAAUUACCUGCAACUGGGGUGUGGUGGUGGAUAUGGGUGAGCAUAUGGCUUUGAGACAAAUAAGACUCCCUGGAGGAGAAGUGUGUGUUUGAAUAAGAGAGCAGGCUGUUUCGUUCUGUGAGGAAACGCAGCACGUGAGAAGCUGAUCAGAGGGUGAAUAAUUUAUUUUUGCGUGAGAAUACAGUGGAGAGACCUGACCUUCACACCCUUCUAUUUCUAUCCAGUGGUUUAAUCCUUUUACGGAGGUCAUGAAACUGUACUGGGGCUGCUGCACUUCAGGCUGUGAAUGGGGGCUCAUAUGAGGGAUACAUCCACUUCUCCAAAUACAAACGCUCCCUGCACAUAGAAAAGCAGCAGAAUGCAGUACUGUGCAGUUAAAGAGACUUGCUAAUCUGCACUAACAGCCAUACUUCACAUUUUCAUAUAAUGUUUUAAGAGUAUUCAAACCACAUAUUUGGUGAUGCAACCAAUAAGAUUAUAAGCAAGUCUUUGUAUGUGCAAUCCAUGGGGGGUUUGACUAUGCUACUGUAGUAGAAUUCUUGGUCCCCCAUAAAUCCCACAAAUUGGAUGACUUUGCAGAAUGUCAAUGCUUUCUCUUAAUUGCAUAACUUAGACUGGUUUUGCGAGCAUAAUUGGGAAGGGAGAAGGAGCCAGGAGUCUUAUACAGCCAUAUUGCUUUCAGAUAUAUAUUUGCAGCCUUAAGGACUGGAACUUUGUCCCUGGUUUUGAAAAAAGCUGAGAUUUUUCAGGCUGAAGAAGUAGUCCCCUAUCCUGUGACUUUUUUCUCCCGCAGCGGUGAAGAACCAAGGCUUUAUCCCACCCCCGCCGCCCCUCGCUGCAUCAUCUGAUAAGGGAACAGUCUCAUGGUGGCAAGAGGAUGUGUAUGAUUUUUGGUAGCCCACAGUUUAAUGAAGUGGAGCAGAUAGUGUCAAAGCCAGUUCCUGUUGCUGGCAGUGCUGAAGAAAGAACUGAAAGAAUGAACCUUUGCAUGUUCACAGGGGUACUCUUCCCUGUAUAAAUACUUUUCGUGCAGCCUAGGGUGAUGAGCCUAGGACCUUCUGCAUGCAAAGCAGGUGUUCCACCACUGAGCUACGAUGCUAGUUCAGGGCUUGGAUGUAGUCAGUGAGGGCGCAUAUCUAAGAGACGGCAUUGUCCUUUGCACAGGACCAGAGUCGGUCUAGCUUUAUUUAAUUCAAGCAUGCAUCUCCUCAGGGGCACCGCGACUGCCUUGCGGCCAACGCACGCAGCCGGCUCGGAGCUUCCGCGUUGAGCCAGGAUCCUCGGAUUCCAAGAUCACUCGGCCGCCUCCUGUCAAGGUGGUGCCAGGGCACUCUGCACAACCUCAGAAGCACUCCACCGAUCCCACUGCCGGCGCUUUCCCUCCCCGCUCCAGAGCCUCCCCAAAUAUAGGCAUGGCACAGCCUGGGCUUCCUGCACCCCGCCCCGCCAGGUCUCUCCUGUGGCGCCCGAGCCGCAGUCAAUGAGCAGCCGCGAUGCGCGCCGAGGGGCGGCUAGUCGUGGCGGCGGCUCCUCCUCCGGCUCCUCCUCCUCCAGCGACACUCGCAGGGGUCUGCCUGGGAGGAGGCGGACUCCGCUCGGCCCGCCGAGGCAGCAGCAGCAGCCGAGAUCGCAGCCUGUCCCCAGAGUUGGGGGUGGGGGUCGGCAUGGGCGGUGGUGGCAGCGGCAGUGGCGGCUCCGCGCGGCGGUGGCGGCGAUGAGCUUCGAGGAGGACGAUGGGCACGGCCGUCUCCAAACGCCGCUCGCUCCGCAACGAGGCCGUGGCGUCGGUGGCGGCCAAAGUCAGGUGAAUCCGAGCUCGGGUUCUUUUUUGGGGAAAGGAGGGGGCGAGAUCGGGAUGCAAAGCGAAGGAGCAAGCUAGCCCUAAAGAAAGAAACCUAUCGGGGCGCUCGGAGGCCGUGCGUAAAAAGGCGGCGCGUAAAAGGAGAGCUGCGGGCGCAAUGAUGGUGAUGGUCGAGGGGGGGACACGAGGGGGUCAUCUCUUUCUCUCCGACCCCCGUUACUCCAGUGAGAGAUUGAAUCCUGCACCGGGUGGAGUUGGGGUCGUGGGUGCAAAAAGCAAGGAGUGUGCAAAGGAGUGAGCGUGGAGGAAUUUGAUAUAGUCUCCGCGUCGUGCAUGGAUGAACAUUUAUGGAAAGGGAGGUUUGGGGUGAGGGGGCAAAAAGAAACACACCGGGCGCGUGUCUGUGCAAGUACCAAGAGACCAGGUUGGAAGGGGCGCGCGCAUGGGAUCGUGCAAGGGCUGGGAAAGAAGAGCGAGCGUGCAAGGGAGACGUGCGUGUUUCCAGAGGAGCACGUCGGUGUCUUGUUCCGCGCUCGGAGGAGCUCGUCCGCCUCUGAUUGACGUCAGAGGCUGGGGAGGGGAGGGUGCACAGUGGGGAGGGGUCUGCCACAAACCCGGAUUCUAUAUUUCCUUUCUGACUGCUGGAUCGUAUCGGGGCUUUGGAGUAUGCUGGAUCGGAACGAUGCGCUCCUCCGAUGCUCCUAACCAUCGCUGUACGGAUUUUGUCAGAAAGCGGCAGGCCUGGUGUUCUGUGCCCUUCUACACCUAGGGGAGAGGGCUCUGGAACAUUUCAGCUGUUCUCUCCAACAAAACUCCCCACCACCACCAAAUUGUGUGGUCUGAGAUGAAGUAAAAACAUCACCAUGUGCCAAGUUUUCACACAGGGAGAAACACACAUACCUCUAGCACUUUUCCUUCCGGCAGUGCAGACAGCCUAUCCCUGGUGUGCUGCAUCUUCUCAGCCUGCCAAAAGUGUCUGCUGUUGAGCGUGGAGGGUAGGAGGACAGCGCUGCUGCUGCUGCUGCUGCUGCUGAACCCCCGCCUUUAGUCUCCCACCAUGCCAGGGAGCCAGAAGUGCUAACUCUGUAUUUUUAGUCCGGCUGGCGCUGGGUUGAAAUAGCAGAUGACGUGAGGUGCGAAGUGUUUUGGCAUGCUGCCCAGCCGUGGACCACUUUUUCUUUUUCUUUUGGCAAAGGCUCAAAGAGCCCACGGCUGCCCUGGUGAACUUCCAAGCUCUGGGAAUGCAGCAAUGAUGUUGGUGGGGGGCGGGGGACACGGGACCGGCAAGCUGCCUGCCUGCCUGCGCAGUGGUGACUUUGCCUCCGCAGCUGUUUAACUUCUUAGCCUUGGAAGAUGCUCUCUGCUUGUCUUGGACGAUCCCUCUCUGGUAGCAGCGUGCUGACCAAGAAAAGUGAGCCUUUGGGGAGGGGCCUCGUCACUGUGUUGUGUUUUGCACCUAACGUGCUCCUGUUCCUUAGCGCCAGAUGAAGGAGCAUAUGCGGCUUUUGUUUUCUACUGGCGACACAAAACCAAGGAGAACUGCAAGCAUCACAGAGGAUGUUUAAAAUGUAGUGACGCCUUCAGACUGCCGAUAUUUGUAGGAGGGAUCCCAGCACGUAUACCGGAAGUUUAGGUUUGUGCGUUUAAAGUGAAAUUAAGUGGUCUUCUACCCUAGUGCAACAAAUCCACUUAAAAUAAAUCACAGACUUUGGUUGUUUGGAAAGUGAAUGGGAAGUGCAUUGAAAAGUGUGAAGUGAACAAAUGAUUGAUGGGAAGACAUCCCAUGUGCAAAGUGGGACAAAUGCCCAAUAAACAGGUUCCCUGGAGAUGCCCAAACUCCCUACUGUUAAUUUAACCUUACUGAAAAAUUGAAAUCAUUUCCCCUUUAAACAAAAAACCCAAACCACACACUUGUGCAUAAGACAUUUAGUGUGGUUAAUUUUGAUUGGUGUCAUUUUACAGAGUGAGGUGACGAGGGAAAGGAUAAGCAGCAGGUUCUGAUUGUGGGGAAAGGACCUCUUUGGGAACAGAAGGAAGAACCUGUGAGACAGACUUUCCAGAAGAAGGGCAGAACUCUUGUUCAUGAGCAGGGUUCGCAAACAGGGGUGCAAGGACCACUGGUGAUCUACAAUCAUUGUGUCCCCGUUAAAUAUUCACAUUGAUUUCUUAAUGUAUUUGUAUUGCUUCAUUUAUUUCUUAGAUUGUAGGACGGGAGAAUACAAUUUGAAUUCUGUAGAAUGUGAAUUGUAUUUUGCCAAUACAGUGGUACCUCGGGUUACAUACACUUCAGGUUACAGACUCCUCUAACCCAGAAAUAGUACCUCGGGUUAAGAACUUUGCUUCAGGAUAAGAACAGAAAUCGUGCUCCGGCAACAGCAGGAGGCCCCAUUAGCUAAAGUGGUGCUUCAGGUUAAGAACAGUUUCAGGUUAAGAACGGACCUCCGGAACGAAUUAAGUACAUAACCUGAGGUACCACUGUAAUAAUAAUAAUGAAUUUAUACACUGCCCUUCAACUGAAGAUCACAAAUGAAACAAAAUAUACGAAAGAAAAGGAGAAAUAAUUUUUAAACAAAUAAUCAUGCGGCAUCUAGCACCAGCAAGCACGACAGAAAUUGUAGUAAGUCAUUAAGUGGUCUUCGGAUUUUCAAGUUGUCCAUGGGGGAAAAGAAGAUUGGGAACCACUGGUCUUGAGGUUGGGUUGCAUCCUGUGGGAGCCUUUUUCUGACAGACUCCAGGGUGCUGAGCAAGGUGACCCUUGAGUUACUUCUUCAAAAUUCUUCAGAAUUACCAUCUUCAAAAUUCUAGGCUAUGCUUUCUACAUUAAGCUAUGAGAUAUGAUGCUGGUCAUGAACAGGAAUGACCUGACUCCAGCCCACCAAGAGCAGGGAUACUUUAUUCAUUUUACUGUGAGCACAGGAUUUGGUACAGGGGUGUAAAAUUUUCAAGCUACAUAGAACCUUUGUUUGCAUUCAGACCCAGUUCCCAGCCUUUGUUAUUUUGGCAACAGCAUUUCAAAUAUCUUAGGAGUGUUUACUUGAAAUCUCAGGAGCUGAGGCAAAGGGACGGGUGGGUGUGUGUGUGUGUGUGUGUGUGUGUGUGUGUGUGUGUGUCUCAGAGGUUUCCCCUCUUCUCUUUUAACAAGCAGAAGAAAUGGUUCCAAAUUAGCAAAUGUGCUAGAUAUUACAGAUUCUCCCAUUUCUGAAUGACUCCUUUUUCUUAGUGCGGAUUUGACCCGACCCUGCUCCUGAGAUGGAGUGCUGCAAGCCUGCCCUCAGAACAAUGAGGACUAGAAUGCUUGUUUGCUUGAGCAUUGACACUUUGCACUGUGUUUCCAAAAAGCACUGGUCCAGAUUGCAUAGCUGCAGACACAACUAACUGCAAAGCAUUUUACUGAAUCACUAAAAUAAGGUAAUUUUAAACAACAACUGUAGGAGGCUUAGUUUGACUCAGGGAGAGAAUCUACAGUUGCUGUUAUUACCAGUAUUAAGCGUUCAUUAGGAAUAAAGUUAAGACAAGACUAUUUUGUAAAACAAACAUACCAAAAUGAUUUUUUUUCUAUCCCUUGGGAGGUAUCACAAAUCCAUGUGCUCUAGAACCAUAGGUGAUCAGGGGGUGCAUGUAUUAACAAGUGGAUCUUUGUAUUUGGCUCCCCUGCAUGCUCUUAUUAGAUUCCGUAAGUCUUUCAGCCAGCUCUAUGUCCCAGACUCUGUGGGAGAUUUGCUGGCUUUAUGAAGCACUGCCUAAUCUAUAGAUCUCAGCAGAGCUUUCCUGCUGACAAAUGGACAAUAAUUUUCUCACUUAGAGGCUGGUGAUGCUGAAAUUGUGAGGUGUGUGUGUGUGUGUGUGUGUGUGUGAAGCUUUUGGGCUGCUGGAAUAGCUCAAUUGGUAGAGCACAAGACUCUUAAUUUCAGGGUUGUGGGUUUACUAAAGACUCUGUUUCAUGUUGAUGUCAAAUAAGCCCCAGCAGCUCAGUGGACAACGGUAGUCCUUCAGCGAUUGAGCUGGGACAUAAGGGUUUGGGUGGUCCGUGGCGUUCAGGGCGUUGUAAAUUAAUGGAAGGCCCUUGAACCUGGCUCAGGAGUCGAUGGGCAGCCAGUGCAGCUGUUUUCACGAUGGUGUCCCAUGUUCUCGUGGUGUCCCAUGUUCUAGAUGCCCCCUCCAGCAGUCUGACUGCCACCUUCUGCACCAGCUGGAGCUUCCACACCAGGCCCAAGGGCAGCACCACAUAGAGCCCCUUGCAGUAAUCCAGCCUCAAGGUUACCAACUCAUGGACUGCAGUGGUCAGGUUACCCUUGUCCAGGAAUGGCCACAGCUUCACUUCUCCACCAUUUCCUCAGCAGUUUACAAUUAAACACACACACACACACAUUGUGAAGACAUGGCAGCCGAUUUCUCCUGAUAGACCUGUUUGCGUCCCAUUUUGCCUUAUGCGCAUUUUUGCAAAGCAAUUUCCUCUAAUAUAAUGUAGUAUUGUACAUGUUAUUUUCACUAUUUUUUGCUGUUUCAUGUGCAUAUUAUGCUGGCAUCUGUGUUUUUGUACACAUGACUUGGCCAGAGAAUUGCAUUGCGAAAUUCGGAUAAGGGGUGAAUUCUGAAGGGUGGCGUCUGUUUCAGUUUGCAAGCUGUUUCAGAAAGUGUUAAUUAGGUAGGUUUGUAUUUGAAUGCAAGCUGAAUCAAAUCUUUCUUAUCUGAUAUUCAGGGUUCUGGACCAGAUGGGCCGCUGGCCUGAUCCAGCAGACUCUUCUGAGGCUCUUAUUAAUAUCUCCCCCAUCCCUACCAGAGAUAAAUACAUCUCUGUAGGCUGCUGGUAUCUGAGAUGCUCAAAACCACAGCUCAAAGUCUCUGGGUUUCUUCCGAGAAGCUCCUAAUUUCAGUCCCAGAGCACCUGACCCAGCUCUUCCCAAGAUGGUUAAUUAAGCUCUCUGCAACUUUCAUUCUUGGCCUGGAUCCUUGUAAACAACUGCAACACCCGUUUCAACAGGGGAUGUCUCUGAACGCCAUCCGUUAGUAUAGCUUUUCUGCAGUUCUGUUCUGUUCUGGCUGGAACGGUUUAACGUUUUCUUUACAUUCGCAACUGUUCUAUCUGUCUUUAGAACUGUGAUAUACCGGUAACUGUGUGACCUGUCCUGGAACCUUAAUGGGUGAAGGAUGGUGGGAGGAAAUCUUACAAAUACAACAAAUGAAAUAAAUAUCCCGUUGGUACACUGUGCUGUACUGAACAUAGUUGUGGUGGAGACACUUCUCUGAUUUAUUUCCUGCAGACCUAAAAUGAGGAGAGGCCAAUGAGGCAAGACCAUAGCUCAUUGGUAGAGCACCUGCUUUGCAUGCAGAAGGUCCCAGGUUCAAUCCCUAGCAUCUUCAGGUAGGGCUGGAAAAAUGCACCCUGAAUGAAAGAAACCCUGGAGCUGCCAGUCAGUGUAGACAAUACAGGGCUGGAUGGAUCAAGGGUCUGACUCAGCAUGAGGCAGCUUCCGAUGUCUUUCUCUUCCUAGAUUUACAAACUGCAUAUCUGAAGCAUGUCAAUAGGUGUAAGUAAACCUUGGCUCUGAUUUAAAUGGAUCAAAUCAGGGAGGGGGGAAAGUAUUUGGAUCAUUUUCAGACAUGUCUCCUGCCCCUCAUUGAAGGAAUAGGUAUGUAAGGUGGCAGAGAGAGCAGAGGGUGGAAAUAUUUGGAGUUGCUGCUUUGGUCAGCUUUUCAAAGUUCUCAGAUUUUUAUUGAGGACAACAAAGAAAAUUGAUGUUUUGCAGCUUUCUGCCCCAAGACAGAUUUAUCUCUUCUCUCCCCAGCUCCCACUCGAAUCUGGAGCUACUGGAAUGUAGAAAGUGUCUUCUAAAAAGUUCAAUUUCCUUUCUAUGAGCCACCAAAAACUGUGGCAACUAGUUAAGUGUUCGUGGUGAUUGGUGUAAGUGCAUGAGUUGUGACCGACUCUGGGGUUGUGGUGCUCAUCUCGCUUUAUUGGCCAAGGGAGCUGGCGUACAGCUUCCGGGUCAUGUGACCAGCAUGACUAAGCCGCUUCUGGUGAAACCAGAGCAGCGCACGGAAACGCCGUUUACCUUCCUGCCGGAGCGGUACCUAUUUAUCUACUUGCACUUUGAUGUGCUUUUGAACUGCCAGGUUGGCAGGAGCUGGGACCGAGCAACGGGAGCUCACCCCGUCACGGAGAUUCGAAUCACCGACCUUCUGAUCAGCAAGCCCAAGAGGCUCAGUGGUUUAACCCAUAGCACCACCCGCGUCCCCAUGUAUGUAGUAUGUAUGUAUUAAAAAAAUAAAAAAUAGAUAAAUAUUAUAUGAACCAGUUGACAGUGGAGCAGACUUUGAAGGCAAUGAACUCUACUUUAUUUGUGGGGUUGAACUAGAUGACUUAGGGUUUCCUUCCGAGUCUCUCUUUCUAAACGUGCAUACACAGAAGUGAUGUCAUCAGUGUGGCAUGGAAAAAAAAGAGUGCUAAGGCUGCAUAGAUACUAUACACCUAAAGCACACCAGUUCCCCCAAAGAAUCCUGGGAGUUGGGAUGGAAGGGGUAAACAGCUGUUCCUAGGAUCCUAUUUCCAGCGGGGCUUAUGAAUCAUCUAGAAGUCUUCCUUGAGAACCAGGGUCCCUCUGGAGGUAUUUGCUGGCUCUCUUCCAAAGACGGUGUGGGUGGAAUCUUGGUCAUCCUUAUAUUAAGUGCAGUGCAUAUUUCAUUCCAUAUUAAUUAACAUAGUAAUUUGAUUUCACCCGAUUUGGGGGAUGGGUGAGAAGAGAUGGUCCAAAGCUCUGAUACAUUCUGGCUUUGUCGAAUAGGAUUUUGUGUGUGUAUGUCCACAGAUACCUUUAGGUUUCAAAUUGCUCCUGCACAGGUUUGGGUGACUUCCACGUCAAAAGAAUAGAAAAGGAAUGUAUAAGAUGCUGUAAUUGGGCAGAGUACUGAUUUUAAUGUCAAAAUGCAGUACUUGCCAACCUGACACCCUCCUGAUGCUUUGGGCUACGAUUCCCAUCAGCCCCAGCCUGCACACCUGGCACCCUUCAGAUGUUAUGAACUACAGUUCCCAGGCUGGAGAUUGAUGGGGCAGAGGUUGACAAAGUCUGUUCUAAUAUUACUGCUGCUGCUUAAUUAUUUUUAUUAUUUUAAAUUGUGAUCGUUUGUAUUUAGUUUUUAGCUGUGGUAUUUGUAUGUUGUUACAAAUAUGUUUAAUUUAUAAUUGUUGCAGCAUUGCAAGAAAGUAUUUCCCUUCCCUGAAAUGUGAUUAAACAAAUGGUAAAUACGCCCACAAAAAUAACUUGCCUGCAAUGUAUUUAUUUACCACUUGCCUGCUGUGAGCUGGAGCAGGAACGGAUGGAGAGAUACAUUUGAAUAUUGGGUACCAAGGAAGGGGUGAUGUGACUCAUCCUUCCUCUGCCAGUGUCUUCACUCACUUGCAUGUACGUUUCUGGCAGCGGAUGGCUACCAGGCCAGUGCUUAAAUGCAAGGCUGCUGUUAUAGAAAAAUAGGCUCCUAUGUUCUUGGCAUUCAGGGUGCAGCAGGAGAAAGGACAGAUGUGUUUAAGCAGGAGAAGAGAUGGAGGAUAAGGCUAUGUUCCACCUUCACUGUCAGAGGCAGUAUGCUGCUGACUGCCAGUUGCUGGGAAUUAUGUUUGGGGAGAGUUGCAGUUGUGCUCAGGUGUUGCUUGUGGACUUCCCUUUGGGGCAUCGGGUUGGUCAUUAUGAGAACAGGAUGCAAGGCUAGGUGGGCCUCUUGCCUGAUCCAGCAGGCCCUUCUUAUAUUCUUCUUCUUAUAUUCUGAUUCCUCUGUCCUUCAUCUAUCCAUCCAGAUGCAGGGAUGAGCACUAACUUUAAAAGGGGAUUUGAUAAAUUCAUGAAGAGUAAGGCUAUCAGUUGUUACCAACCCUGAUGGCUGUGCUCUCCCUUGGAGGCAGUAACGCUUCUGAAUACCAGCUGCUGGAAACUGCAGGAGGAGAGAGGGCUCUUGCACUCAUCACAUGCUCAAGAACUUUCUGGAGAAACCCGGUUGGCCACAGUGAGAGCAGGCUGCUGGGUGAUGCUGGGCCUUCAGCCUGAUUCAACAGGGCUCUUCCUAUAUGCCUUGGAGAGCUCUGAGGGUGGCAGAGUUGGAGGAGUAAAGGUCACCAGCCAAGGUGUUGGAAGAGAUCAUGGUGGAGAAUUCCCCCUUCCCUCCAGUUAGGUUGAAUUGGCUGGUAACCCACUCCCCGUAAUGCCCACCCUGUGCAUUUGCUUCCCUUGCUCUUCUAGCAUGCAGCAUGGCUCACUUGCUUGAGCCAUUGAGAAGGAUGUCCUCUCUAUGAACUUGCUUCUGAGAUGAGCCUGGGGUGUGUUUUAUAUCCCACCUUGCUUUCAAAUUGCUUGUGGUGCUUCCAGAGUGGCUUCUGUGGCCCUGCCUCUCCUUCUCCCAUCCCCACAACAAAACUGUGAAGUAGCUUAGGGUCUGGGAUGCAGGUGGCGCUGUGGGUUAAACCACUGAGCCUAGGACUUGCUGAUCAGAAGGUUGGCAGUUCGAAUCCCCACGACGGGGUGAGCUCCCAUUGCUCGGUCCCUGCUCAAAGUGCAAAGUAGAUAAAUAGGUACCGCUCAAAGUGCAAGUAGAUAAAUAGGUACCACUCUGGCGGGAAGGUAAACGGUAUUUCCGUGCGCUGCUCUGGUUCACCAGAAGCUGCUUAGUCAUGCUGGCCACAUGACCCAGAAGCUGUACGCCGGCUCCCUCGGCCAGUAAAGCGAGAUGAGCGCCGCAACCCCAGAGUCGGCCACGACUGGACCUAUUGGUCAGGGGUCCCUUUACCUUUACCUAGCUUAGGGUCAGAGAGACCACAGGUCUUUCAUGGCCAAGUGGGGAUUUGAAUCCUGGUCCUCCAAGUCCUAUCCCAACAACUCCACUCUGAUUCUCUCCCUGGGCAGUGAGUGUCUUGUGUGAGGAUUUCUCAGAUGCAGAAGCUUAUGUUUUCCUAUUUGUUUGCCGCGGUAGUAGCAAACUGUUCCUUCUCACGGCUUAUUCGCUGGUCUACGGGCAGCAUCAGACUCUCACACCCAUUUUUAGGCUCCUAUAUGUUUGGGGUUUUUACUUGCUUGUAACAGGGAAUGCCACAUGCAGGCAAACUCUGGAUUCCAGAAGGUUAACCGCAUGUCUGAAAUCCACCCCACCCGCGUCAUUACAUGCCCUCUGUGGCUUCUGGUCUUUGCUUUGAGCUGCUGUGCUUUCAGGCGUGCAGCGCCAGCGCUCAGUAACGAACCUGCCUCCCGCUUGCUGCGUUAUAACUGCAUCGGUUGCAUUGGAAUCUCGGCGCUUUUGGUGCCUCUUUGGUCGCCUUUUGCACACCUGCUCCAUCCAAAUGGUUCUUUCCUUAACUUCACUGCCUUAGCUGCUUCCUUCAAGGGCGGCAGUGAGGAACCUCGGAGCUGAGGGGCGGGCGUCGCUUGAGUGUUCCCCCUCUGCUGCAGAGACGGGGCUGCUGUGUAGUCUUUCUGGAAGUCUGGAUAGAGAGAUGCUCCGCAAAGCAGAAGCCACUUUUGCCCAAGUCACGGCUCUGGCGUAAUAAAGAGCUGGGAAGGAAGCGCUGCCUUCUGCAUGAUUUCCACCCACAUUGCCUUAGAGAUGAAGCCGCGGUCGGUACUGACACCACCAGCAGCCCCGGAGGUCAAUGGGACAAAUUGCAGAGGGCGAAUAAAGGACACAGAGGUGGAACGAGUGUCAAAAAGGGCGGGGAGCGGGAGAAAAGUGCACAAAAUUUAAUCAGGCUAAUUAAUUUAAUUGAAUUAGCCACAUUUGUCACUAUUGUUAAUUUCUGUGAACAGAAGUUGGAUUACCUCUGUUGCAUUAUUGCCUUACUUACCUGCAUUGGAGAUGAGUGGCUUACCUGUACACAGCAUAUGCGAAAUAAAAAAAAAAAGCUGAAAGGAAGCUAAGUGCAUGAGCAUGUACAGAGUGCACAUCCCUUGUCCAAUACAGCAGUGUUCUCAUAUCCUGCUGCUUUCUUGCUUUAAAAAAAGUGUGUAGCUGCAGAGCUGUUUUGCUUCCUUAUUGUUUAAAAAAUUUUUAAUGCAUCCUAGUAAUGUGGUUGACAAUUAAUAAAUGCAUUUAUUUAUGUAUUGAUAUUUCUGGACCUUAUUUCAUUUGCAUCCCUAAGAAUUUCUGAGUUUGGGGUUGAAACACAAUUUUAUAAGCUCUUUAAGAGAUCAAUUAAAAUCAGAUGUCAUCAAAGUCCUGCUUUAGAAUACUUCAAUCUAUCUACCAAGCUCUGAUAGGUUUCUGACUAUUCUUAAUGUUUCUGGCUGUUUAUUUAUUUAUUAUUUUUAUUGCAUUUACAUCCCACCUUUUCCUCCAAGAUGUUCAAGGUGGUGUACAUGAUUCUCCCCCUCCGAAUCCCCACAGCAACCUUGUGAGGUAGGUUAGGAAAUUCCCAGCCUCCCUGCCAUGUGACUUUCAGCUUAUUCAUGUUUUUAUUUGAUUUAUCUUGCUCUCAGAAUGGGUUCCAGCACUGGAUUUGUGUGUUCUUGUGUUAAAAUGUCACACGGGCAACAGUCACUCUCUACACAGCCUAGAAACUUUGAUGACAUAUCAAAAAUGACCUGGAUGGCACUGUUAAUUUUUUUAUCUGUUUUUUAAAAAUUGCAUUUCUAUUACACUUCCCCCCCCCCCCAAGGAAAGGCAGUGCAUGUGGUUCUCCCCAUCCUUUUUAUCUUCACAGCAAUACUGUUAGGCUGAGAGAGACAGUAACAGUCCCAAGUUCAUCCAUUGAUUUGAAACCCUGGGCUGGGUCCAGACACAUCAUAGAAGCGUUUCAGUUACGCAUUGUAAAUUUAAACAGGGAAAAACGAGACUCCUCAGCGCCACCUGGUGGCACAGUGUUAUAUCGCAUAUACUGUACAACACAUACACCGGUAAAUUGCUUUUUCUUUACCAAUUUAGCCGAGUCCCUGGUUUCCUGGGUUCUAGUCACUGUGUGCUAUCACUGUUUAAAAAGGGUUUGUGCAGAGAGCAUGUGCCAGUACUUCCAGGUAGAAGCUGAGUGAAUCACUGCUGGCUACGUCACAAGUUUUUGUUUUUGUUUUGCAACAUGUACGUGAUGUUGCCAUCCUGCACUUCUAAAAAUGUUUUCAUCCAGAUUUCUCCUUACUGCAUAAAAUCCAAUAUGCAAAAAUAACCGAAUAUCAUGACACAGCUGCUGCGGGUGUGGAAGCACAUUAGUGCAUUUUUGCAAGGUGCAAGGCAGUGUUGUCACAUGCGUGGUGACAUUUCAGUGGUGGUCACGAUCGCUAUCAUGGUUGCCAGAGAAUUCCAACAAAAACAGAAAAGGAAGUGGGAAUCACCAGAGGUCUACUGGUUCAUCUAUGGUUAGGAACAGAAAUCAGUUAAACAAAUGCAAUUCUCAUUGAUUCCUAUGGCAAAAUUUCUAAUGUGUUUCGGACCAUGUUGGCUUGCAACUAACAAAUUCUUUAUUUCUACAUUGUUUUGCCAAUCAGAGCAGUCAGCACUGGUCUAGAUGGGCUCUAGUGAAUUGAGUCUGCAUAAGCAGCUUCACACAUUUAAGUCUAGGACUUGCCGAUCAGAAGGUCAGCGGUUCGAAUCUCCACAAUGGGAUGAGCUUCCGUUGCUCGGUCCCUGCCCCUGCCCACCUAGCAGUUCGAAAGCACGUCAAAGUGCAAGUAGAUAAAUAGGUACUGCUCCGGCGGGAAGGUAAACAGCGUUUCCGUGUGCUGCUCUGGUUCACCAGAAGCAGCUUAGUCAUGCUGGCCACAUGACCCGGAAGCUGUACGCCAGCUCCCUCGGCCAAUAAAGCAAGAUGAGCGCCGCAACCCCAAAGUUGGUCACGACUGGACCUAAUGGUCAGGGGUCCCUUUACCUAAUGCUCUUCCCAGUGCAGUCUGCCAGGGGUUUUCCCUGACAUCUUUUCAGCACCAGUUGACCUCCCCACCCCUGGCUUUCGAUUAGACUGAAAAGAUGUUGCUUUUAUCAUUAGUGUGCUGCCAAAGGUUUCUGUGGCUGUUAUAGAGGGUUGCUUUGGUUUGUGUGUGGCUGUACAAGCACACAUUGACAGUACAUUUAAACACGCCCCCCCCCAAAAAAGAAUACCGGGAACUGUAUUCUACAGUUACAGGGCUACAAUUCCCAGAGCCCAUAAACUACAGUUCCCAAUAUUCUUCUUUUGAGGAAGGGAUAAUAUGCUUUAAAUGUGAUUUAAAUGUACACAGCCUUGAUUUUCAGUUGUGUUGUCAGUCACUUGUAGACCUUCAGGGAGCUCACCACUAACAAGUCUAAUAAGUAAGAAGAAGGACAUAAGAAGAGCCUGCAGGAUCAGGCCAGUGCCCCAAUUAGUCCAGCAUCCUGUUCUUAUUUGCAGUAUGUGUGUUCGCGUGUGCUAGGUUUCAUCCCUUAGCCCUGGCUGAGCCAGUUGUUGUUUAAUGUUGCUAGAGAGAGGCAUUAUCGCUUAUGUAUGAAAGGUCAGGAUGCAACCCUGUGACAUGGACAAAGGAGGACCAUUGGCAUUUUUUAUUUUUAUUUCUGCAAAGCUCUGGGUUUGCAAAAUGCCAGUUAAUGUUUUGAAAUGGUUGUAUUUCCAAAGAACGUCACCCAGACAAAAGCCUCCUCUCUGAGCACAGCCUGGUUGGUGAUGGUGAAGGACUUUGUUGGGCUGGACGCCAAGUUCUCAGGCUGUCUCUGUUUUUCUCCCUCUCUUGCUUUACUUUGUCUGUUAAUGGAGCUGCUGGCCAGUGUGCCUACCUGCAGGGACCAAGCACGUUUAGCAAGGGAGUCAAAACAAAUCUGAGUGAGAGCUCGAGAGGACAGGCAUAUGACUAGAAAGCCGUCUCAUCAGUUAGGGUGGACGAACCAUCAAUUUCACUUUCCGUUUCUCACUUUCCUAAUUGUUAGCAUCACAUUUCAGUAUCAACUAGCAAUUAAUUUUUGUUUUUAAUUCUCAUGGGACUCUUUCUCAUGAACAACUUGGAUUAAGAAUGCUGCAAACCCGGAAGUAGGUGUUCUGGUUUGUGAAUUUGCCUUGGAAUAAGAACAUGUUCCGCUUCCUGUUGAGUGUGUUCCAUUUGUAAAUUGAGUCCCCCACUCUUCCCUGCUGAGUCUGCCGGCUGCUGAGUCCCGAGCACCCACACAACACAGAGGUGAUAUUGGGAGCUUUAGUUUUUGCCCUUUUUUGCAUUUUUGUUUGUGUGGUUUUUUCGGUUUUUUGACUGUGACUUGUUCUUCGUUUUGUGGGACUGACUUGUGACUGUGGCUUGUAACUUUGUUUUUGUGACUGUGUGGAACCCAGUUCAGCUACUGAUUGAUUGAUUGAUUGAUUGAUUGUGUGACUGCAGAAAUGGAGCCCAGGUCUGAAAAACAAACAACAACUAUCAUCAGUGCACAUAAGAAAAAUAAUAAUUUUAAUUUUUAUCAUCUACAAUACUGUCUUAUUUAUUUUAUAGUACACUUCUCUGAUUAUUGCUUUCAUUUAUGGAUCAGUGGUCUCGUUAGAUAGUAAAAUUCAUGUUAAAUUGCUGUUUUAGGGUUUUUUAAAGUCUGGACUGGAUUAAUCCAUUUUGCAUUACUUUCUGUGGGAAAGCACGCCUUGAUUUUGGAAUGAUUUGGUUUUGGAACAGACUUCCGGAACGGAUUAAGUUUGGGAACCAAGGUACCACUGUAGAUCUGUACAAAACUAGACCAACAAAUGCAAAACUCUUACCAUCAAAUAUGCAAUGGCCAUUGAUGUCCUUAAUGAUGCUGUCCCCAUAGUUUACAAAACAAUGUACUAAGAAUAAGGAGUCAAAAUUCUCACUAUUUUAUUAUUCUGCGAUAUCUGAUUAUGGCCUUCCAGGUUAUUAUUUUUAAUUUAUCAGUUGAUAAGUUGUCGAAGGCAUAUACCCAUUUCUAUAUGCAGUUUUGCCUAAUAUACCCAUUUUUGCACGCAUGUCUCUAAUACAAUGCAUUUUGGGGUAUAUUAUUUUUGCAUACAGAAUCCAUUUUUAUCCAUAUUCUCACCUAACGUGCCUUUUUGUACCCCUCCAUAUGGCUGGAGAACUGUAUUCCUAAAUUCAGAGAAGUGUUGGUUUGCAUAUUGUUUUGAGCAGUACAGUAUUAGAACAGUUUGCAAAUGCAAACCAGCUUUCUUUCACCAUCCUUGCCUUCUGGCUACCUUAGGCAGAAACCCAUUUUGCUGCAACAUUUUGGAGGAAGCCCAUACUUUCGUUGCAAAGGUCCUCAAACCUUCUUGGUUUAAGAAAAACAACAACUGAGGAGCCCAGUUCUGAAAAACAAGGAUAGCAGAACUGGGUGUUCUCACACUAUUUGCAAAAGAAAACCUGCCAGGAAAACCACACUCCAGAAAGCUAAAUAGAGCAACCAAGCAAAUAGGAAGGAGGAGUUAAGUGACCAAGUGAGCCCUCCUUUCAUCUCCAUAGCAGUUGAAACUGACCAUUCUCUAGUUAAUGUCAACUCCUUAACCGCUUGGCUGCAAAAUGUCCCAGGGUCAGUUCCUGGAAUCUCCAGAUAUGGCUGAGGACAUGAGUGUAGCCAGGAUUUUUGUUAAAGGGGGUAGGCCUUUUGUUUAGGGGGACAGAACCUCAGUUUGCUAUGUAUUUUUAUGUAUUUUAUUAUGUUAAUCAUUGAUUUUAAAAUAUUGAUUUAUUCAAAUCAUCGAUUUCAAAAACCAUCAUUCAAAUCAUCGAUUUCAAAAAAUCAUAAUCAAAACCAUCAAUUUCAAAAUACAGUAGUACCUCGGGUUACAGACGCUUCAGGUUUUUUCAGACACUUCAGGUUACAGACUCCGCUAACCCAGAAAUAGUACCUCGGGUUAAGAACUUUGCCUCAGGAUGAGAACAGAAAUUGGGUGGUGGCGGUGCGGUGGCAGUGGGAGGCCCCAUUAGCUAAAGUGGUACCUCAGGUUAAGAACAGUUUCAGGUUAAGAACGGACCUCCAGAACAAAUUAAGUUUUUAACCUGAGGUACCUCUGUAAUCAUGAUGAAAACCACUGAUUUCAAAACAAUCAUGAUUCAAAAACACUGAUUCUAGAAUCAGCAUGAUUUAGAUCACUGAUUUCAAAAUAACAGUGAUUAAAAUCAUUUAUUUCAAAAUAACGAUGAUUUAAAAUGAUUGAUUUUUUUAAAAUAUUGAUUUUAAAAUCCCCUUGGCUAUGCUCAUGACUAGGAGAGAUACCCUAGGGAGCUGCUACCAAGGCAUAUGGGUCAGUUGUCUUACACAGUAAAAGGCAUCCACCUAGGGCCCCUUGAGCCUUCGGCAAAGAGCUGUUUUGCCAUCCUCCCCACCUCACCCCACCCCAAAAAUCUGACACAGUUGAGGUUGCUUGUACAGAAAGAUGCCUCCUCAUGGCUGGUCGGGACGCCUGCACUCCAAGGAAGCUGCUCCAAGGACCACUUUGUUCCCACUCUUGCAGCAGGUCUCAGCAGACUCCUUCCAAGGGCAAAGCAGCUGGGGGAUGAUGAUGCUCCAGGUGUUGUGGGAGGGUGCCUAUGCCUGAUAGGUGAGUUUUGCAUGCCUGGCGAACCCCUAGGUACACCUAUGCAGCCACCUGUGUUCAUGAAAAGCAUCUGUAGCUCAGUGGUUAGAACAUCUGCCUCACAUGUGGAAGGCCCAGGUGCAUUGGACGAGUGGUCCGACUCUGUACAGGGAAGCUUCCUGUAGUCCUACCUAAUCCAUCCCAUUAUUCAGAACAAUGAGGACUAGAAUCUUUCUUCGUUUUCAUAGCUUCCUGGUAGAGCACAUGCUUUACAUACAAAAAGUCCUCAGCGUGACUGGGAAAACUCCCGGGGAGCUGCUGCCAGCCAGUGUAGGCAGUGUUGAGCUGGGUGGACGAAUUGUCUGUAUGCUGCUUCCUAAUGCAACUGCAGACGGUCCCAGAUAAAAAUGCAUCACUAGUUUAAAAUGUUGUGGGCAGGAGGUAGUGUGAAAAAGCAGCUGCUAGUCAGAGCAGAGGAGAGACUACAGGGCUACCUGAAUGAACGGCCUGACCUGAUACAAGGCAGGUUUCCUAUUCUUUAUCACCAGUUCGGAGCACUGAGUACACAGUCUCUCAGUGGACCAGUCCAUCUGAUUCAUCUACAUGUUGUCUGUAGAGACUGUGGAAGCAUUUUGAAAUCCUAAGUGCUGACAUUCACAUUGUUUUGCGCACAUUACUUGCCUGGAGACCUGCAUUGCAAAAUUAAGAGAAGGACAAAAUUCUGAAGGAUGGUUUUGCUUCAGUGUGCUUAUGGUUUUGGAAAGUGUACUUUAAGUAGGUUCUCCUUCAAAUGCAAACUGAAUCAGAUUUCUCCUUUAAAUCUUAGUUCGGCAAGAGCCCUAAAUCCGCUUUAUUUGCAGCACUUGGGUUUUCCAGUAUGUGAUUGAAUCCCACCUGCAAAAUAGUGACACCCUGGAUGUGCCCUCCAACUGCCUCAGCUGGAUUUCCAUCUCUGCCACCAUCCUUUGGGUUAUGACUGGAAAAGGUGCAAGCUUUUAGCUGGUGGAAUUUUCCAGUGGGAAACGACUCUCUUUUUCUUCCCCUGGGCUGUGAAAGAGCCUCUACAUAGUCCUUCGAGAGAUGGCGCAGCACACUCCUGCAGUCAAGCAUGCUUGAAAGGGACAGAACAAAAGGUGCCCUUGAGCAUAGAUGGUUCAGCGCAGUGCUGUGGCAAAGAGGCAGCAUCUUCUCCUUGAUGCAUUCGGUGAUGGUGGCAGGGAAGGAUCAAGUUGGUUCUCUGGAUUGCCCCUACCAGAUCUAUCUGUUUUGGUUUGAAGCCUGGAAGUGACAUCCCUCUGAUCCACAUCCACAUCCACACCCUGCACCUAACCUACCUCACAGGGUUGUUGUGAGGAUAAAAUCAGGAGGAGGAGAAUUAUGUAGCCAACUUCAGCUCCUUGAGGUGGGAUGUAAAUAUAAUAAAUAUAAAUAGCAUUUUUGUACCACGCUAAGAGUCAUGGAGAAUCCUGAAAACUGUGACCUCUACAGUUGCAAGCGCAACUUAACAAACCACAGUUCCCAGGACUCUCUGUAUGUUAAAGUGAUAUAAGAAUGCUUGACCUCUGUAUAUCACUGGACCACAACUCCCAUAAUCCCUGACCACGGACCAUUCUGGCUGGGGUCGAUAGUAUUCAUAGCCCAGCAGUUUCCAGAGGGCAGUCUGUUGGCUUCCCCUGCUUUAGAUUUUCUCGGUACAGGUUUUGGGGUACUGUCCUGGAUGACACAAUUGUGAUUGUGCGGCAGAGUGGAUGACUCAUUUUUCUAAGAGGCUGCAGUUUUGGAAUAGCUAGGGACUAGUCUCUCUCUCAAUUUCUCUGUCAUUUCCCACCCCCCUCUCUCUUACACUUUGGGUGAUCUGCAGCUAAUUGACAGAGGUGCUUUGCCCAUCACAUCAACGAACCUCAUCUUGCACUUGCCCCCCCCCAUUAAUGCAGAAUGCAAGAGUUAAGUCCCCUGAUGUUGGACUACAACUCCCACAAUCAGGGAUGAUGGGAUGUUGUAGUCCAACAACAUCUAGAGACCCAAGGUUGAGAAAGGCUUAUUUGAAUCCAAAUGAAAGCAGGAGAGUCUGAUUUCCUGACAUUGCUGUUUGUUCGUUUUUAUCUAAAAGCAGCUGUGGGUUGUGACAGAGAGAGCAGUCUCUAACUGGAACAGAGGUACUGGGAGGAGAAUAACUUAACCUUUCUGCCUGUGUGGUUUCCACAGUCUGCCUAUCCCCCAACUCUAAGUUGCUUUUUUGCCACCCUCUCGCCUCCAGCAGAAAACAUACAGGUAUAUUCCUCCACUGUUAUGAUAAUGGCAGCUUUGAGGUGUGUGAGUCAAAGAGUGAGUGGUUUCUCUUUGUGGGUUGUGGGUGGGGAUUUCCCUCAUUUUUAUGAGGGUGACAAAACACUUUGGAGCUGGAUUUUGCUAGUUUGCUUUGCUAACUCCCUCCCUCCCUCCCUCUCUCUCUCUCUCUCUCUCUCUCUCUCUCGUUUUUCCUCUUUCUCUCCACCAUUUUGUGCUUCUGCACACCUGACAAUUUAAAGAGCGGCGAGGGCUUUUGGAGAUUAUCUCUCUCAGAACCAUCCGGAAGGCCAAAAUGGUUCAGGUAGGAGGAUGUGUUGAUUUUUAUGUUAUACUCAUGUUUAAAAUUAUUUAUAGGCUACUUGAGGCAGCUUACGUGGCAUAAAAACACAUUUUCCAAAAGAGCCCUGUUGAGGUUGUUUGUGUGGGUGUGGUAUUGUUCAAAAUAUUUAAUUUAAUUUAUUUAUUUCAAUCAAUUUAUAAGCUGCUUGAUUGUAAAAAAACAAAAACAAACUCAAAGCAAUUUACAAAAAGGAUAAAACAAUAAAAUGAUCAGUAAAUAAAUGGUUGUUGUUGUUGUUUUGCAUGACUUGCUGCAAAACUUAGUGGUGUCCAGUUAUGGAAGGAUAUGCCAAAAGAAACCUGCAUUUUUAAAAUUUAUGCAAUGUGAUAUACAGGGCUGGUGUGUGUGUGCUGCCAUUAUGCAGGAGUGUAUAAAGGGUUGGUGUGGUGUUGGAUUAAGAAUUCAGCUGCCUGAGAACCUUGGCUUUAAUUUCAUUUAUUAGUCCUCGUGAGUUUCUGCACUGCAUUUAUGAAAAUGAAAAUUCCCAAACUAGAAGGAAAAUUCCCAAACUACCGGUAAUUAAUAAUGGUGAUAAUGAUCAUAGGUUUGAAAGUGGGCAGGUAAUAUGUUCUGAAAUUUCAGAAGGAAGAUUCAGAAGGCUGAAUAUGUUUCCAUUGUCAGGACAUGGGGUUUUACUAUCUUAUGAACGUCAGAAGUGCCCUGCUAGAAAUGUCUGAACUCAAAGUCAGAACAGUUGUCCAUCUUCAGAUCCUGGACUCCAAAUUUCUUUUCACACUGGAGAAAAAGAAAGCUGGCAUCUUUAACUCAGGUUCUCAUAUGCUCCUUUCCUUCCAGAUCACCUGCUUGCUGAAUCCUACGUUGGGCAGGAGGACUCCCCAGAUAUGCACCAGGGAGCCCAGAACAAGCGCCGCCUUUCCCUCAUUUCUGACGGCAAAUUUGAACGCAGCUUCUCAGAGGAGCGUGGCGAGAAGCUGGCUGGCGAGGGGCCCAAACCACGGGUCUACACUAUCUCCGGGGAGAGGCCUAUGCUCUCCCAGCACCAAAGUGAGAGCAUGGAGCUGGUGGUCAUCAAAGGGGCUGAGGCUGAGGAGGAAGAGGAGGAAGACUGCUCCCAGGGCCAGCCUCUCCAGAAUGCGGUCAGCUCCCACAACAUUGGGAGGCACUGCAAAGGGAGCUGGGCAAGCAGCCGCCAGGUCUCCAAGGAGUGCACCGGCUGCACCCACCUGGCUGCUCCUUCCCAGCACGCUUUCGACAUAGAGCAUCCUCACCCCCACCACCCCCAUCACCACCACCACCACCACCAGGCCGGCGAGACUGGCUGGCGCCGGAAAAAGCUGGAGAGAAUGUAUAGCAUUGACCGUGUGUCAGGUUAGUAACGGAAUAAAAGAAACCAUUAUAGCUCGAUUGAAAGGCCUGUGCUCUUGUCUCCAACAGUGGGUAGUCUGAUUUCCCUGGAAAAAAAUGUGGGUGGAGUGACACCCUGCUCCUGUAGCCAAUGUGGUGUAGUGGUUAAGAGCAGUGGACUCGCAAUCUGGUGAAACGUGUUCGCUUCCCCGCUCCUCCACAUGCAGCUGCUGGGUGACCUUGGGCUAGUCACACUUCUGUGAAGUCUCUCAGCAUCACUCACCUCACAGAGUGUUUGUUGUGGGGGAGGAAGGGAAAGGAGAUUGUUAGCCGCUUUGAGACUCCUUAGGGUAGUGAUAAAGCAGGAUAUCAAAUCCAAACUCUUCUUAUUCCUUGCAGCUAGCAAUUGGAGGAUGAGACAGUUUCUGAAAGUGGAGGUUCCACUUAUCAUUUACACUGCUGCUCCACUUACUUUUGGCUCUUGCUCCACCCACCAGAGGCAUGUGGCCCCCAGAAGGUUUGCUAGGAAAGGAAAUGUGGCCCUCGGUCUGAAAAAGGUUCCCCGGCCCUGCCAUCUAGGAUUUAGCUCCAUGCCCAGUUCGAUGUUGUGAUCUGCAUUAUGGUUGGAUGGCUGACAACUCUCUGGUUUUGUUUAUUAAAUAAUAAAGUAAUGUACAAGUCAUGAAACUUCUGUGGCAGGUAACGUAGUAAAGGAAGGGUACUGGUGGAACAAAUAGCACGUUUGCCCCCCUUCCCCAGGGGUCAUUUGAGGUCAAAGUGCCUGUUACAGAGUUUUAAUUAAUUUUGGAUUCUGAAGCUCUGUAGUCAAAGGAUAAGAACAUAAGGAAAGACUGGCUGCUAGAAUAGGUUAGUGGGGCAUCUAGCAUCCUGUUCUCACAGUAGCCAGAUGCCCAUUAUGGAAAGCCCCAAACAGGAGCUGAGUCCAAUAGCACUCUCCCACUUGCGAACCCAAGGAACUGGUAUUCAGAGACAUACUGACUCCCUUAGUGGAAGGAGAACAUAGUCAUUGUGGCUAGUAUCAGGUUCAUAUGGGGAGAUCUUUCAGGUAUCCUGGGCUCAAGCUAAAGAGCCAGCAUUGCUGAUAACCAUUGAUAGAUCUGUCUUUCUUCAUGGAGCUGUCUAAUCCGCUUUGAAAGCUUAAUGAGGCUGAAGUCCAUCACCAUCUUUCUGUUCCCCUGCUGUCUGAAGUGUUUUCUUUUGUCUGUCCUACUUAAUUUCAUCAGAUGAUCUGCUCUUCCUUUCAUCCCAUGAUAACUCUGGUGAGGGAAAAACAUAUCUCUUUAUGCUUUGUCCACACCAUGCGUAGCGAACUUCAAUCGUGUUCCCUUUCUUCCCAGAACUGAAUGCUCAUUGCUGUGACUGUUUACCUCUCUUGCAGAUGAUGUCCCCAUCAGAACUUGGUUUCCCAAAGAGAACCUCUUCACUUUUCAAACAGCUACAACAACUAUGCAAGCGUAAGUUAGAAAACUGGUUGGCUGGGCAUGGAGGAGAGCAUGUAAAAUGUCUGCAUGCUCAUUCACUUAACCAGCCAUUCUUCUGGGUUCACAUAGCAUUGUUAUAACAGAGACAUCAAGCUGCCUUAUCUGAGCCAAGCCACUGAUCCAUCACAUUCAGUAUUGUCUACAAUAACCCACAGCGGCUCCCUAGGCUUUCGGAAGCAGAGCCUCUCUCCUAGCCUUACCAGGGGAUUGAACCUGGGAAUCUUCUGCAUGCAAAGUAUAUGCUCUGCUGCUGCAAUUCAUUUAAGAGAGAGAGCAGGGUUCUAGUCCUCAUGUUUCUGAAUUCAGGGCUGAUUUCAACAGGAACACUGGAAGCCUUCCCUUCAUGCUUGCUCAACGCAGCUUCUUUUGCAUAAAAUAUAUUGCCCUUCUUUCUCUCUGUGGCUUCAUCUCCACAUACAUGUUUAUAUGUGUACAUUUUUGUGCUCUUUGGAAAUGGCCACAGCUACAGCUUUUUCACACAGUAGAGUCCCAUGAGCAUGACUUUGUGCUAAAUUCACACAUUUAAACUGCCUCAUCUUAUUCAGUUAUGAAGGCAGGGUAGGGACCUGAGCCUUUGCCUCACUGAUGGUGGAGCCACAGCUUUGGAAUGUCACACUUUGAAAAUGUUUUGGUUUUUUUAUUUAUAAUCAUUUGGUGUCAGGUUAAAAACACACGCACGCACACGGAGCUGCCGUCUAUCUGCAGAGCAUGACAAUACAUUACAUUUUUAUGUAUAUAGGAAUAUAUGUAUACACCCACCCACCCACCCCUUGCUACUGCAGAAAAGUUCAGCUUGUAUUUCUUCACUAAUGUAUAUUUUCUCUCACUCUUUCUCUCUGCCUCCCCUCUGCUUUUCGUGGGACCAUCAGCAUCUCGUAAGUACAGCUGCUACCACCCCACAAAAUUGUAGCCCCAUUUUGGCCCAUGUUUGUUGGCAUCUUUGGGUAAAACCCCCCACAUUUUCCCGGUAUCUUGUCCAUAUUUGGAUGCACAAAAAGGUGACAAGGGCCUUCCAGCCUUCCACCUAUUUUUCUCUGAAUAUGAUGUCAUUCCCAGGGUCUCGGUAGUGGAAGACUCAAUCAUCAAAGAUUAAACCCAGCCAGCAAGCAUCUAGCAGCUUGCAUAUUCAUCCAACCCUCCUCUCUGUUUUCUCCUUUGUUCUUUUUAUGAUUUUGUUUUUAUAUCUGUGAUCCGUUCUAGGAGACUGGGGAUGGAGAGAAUCCCUGACCAUGCAUCCUUGUAACCUCUUGGUUAGGGAGAUGGGGAACCUUUGGCCCAGCUCCCAUCAAGCCACACCUGGAGGGUCACAGGUUCCUCUUCCUUGAUCUAGGUUAUUUGUAAUGCAGAUGGGAAGAAUGGGCAGCGGGGGUGCAGGGUGUUGAGGCAUGGCAAAUGACAAGAGAGAAGUCGCCUUACUUAAAAUACUCAGCAAACUGAAUUUUUGUGGGGCCCCCCCUCCCCAAGAAAGGCCUCUGCCUCGGACAUUUCAUUGUUAAGGUCCAAUUUUUCAGUGUCAUUUCUGAAGCUUUCUUCUCUUUUAUCCUCUAGGGGUUAGGAGGUAAACAUUUAAUUAAUGCUCGUUCCUUCUCUGAAUGUUGUUCUCACAGUAGGCAGUGCAAAACCUUCCUUUACUGAUGUUAUGGGUUACAGGGUAGGGGGAACAUAACUAGAAGGAGUUAGCCCAUGAUAGGGGAGUGCAAAAUGUUAGCCUGCCACCAAUUUAUUCGUUCUAGACAUAGUCCUUUUUCUCCAGGCUCUUACGAUAUGCCACCUCCUGAUCUAGUCUCCUCCCCCCAAAAAAACUCAGUGUGUGACAUACACUCAACAUUCCUCCUGACCUAUUUUGCCCCUCCCAAAAAAACACCAGUGCAUGGUAUACACUCAACAUCUCUUCCUAAUCUAUCUCCAAGCGCAAAACAGUGUAUGAUACACUCAACAUCCCUAUUUGCUCCUUGAGCCCCUCUCCCAACUUGUUUGUAGUUCAUUUUGUGGCUUGCGUCUCCUUCCUCUUCCUCAAGAGGUUUGCCUCUUGAUUGGGAGUCUGCGCUCUCCCUUGUCCUGUGUUGCUGUCCCCCCUCAAUGUCGUCUCCCAGUUUCGAAGCUGUUCUAGUUUGGUUUUAAUGCCUUAAAACUGGUUUCCCAGGGCAUUCAGGGGCUACGCGGAGAGGAAGAGGCGGAAGCGGGAGAAUGAUUCUGCAGCUCUGAUCCAGAGGUACGAGGGCGACUCCUCCUCGCACGAGUUCAAUCCUUGCCUUGUUGCAUGGGCCACCUGCAAGGGGCAUCGGCAUUGCUUUUGAAAAAAAUAAAUGCUGGCAGCGAGAUGUUUCAGAUGCUGGUACAGAGAACCGAAGAAGCUGAUGGCAGUCAAUUGGGCAGGUUCUUUGUUCUUAACAGGGCACAGUCCCUCUGAAAGCAAACUUGGCAAGAGCUUGAAGGCCAAAUAUUUACUAAUGUGGUUCGGUUCCAUUGUGCAGGACUCGUCACUGAUUUUCUGUCCUCCCAGCAAAUAGAGAUAACUAAACACGGGGUGGGGACCUUUUUCAGCCCAAGGACCACAUUACCUUUGGGGAAAACCUCCGAAGGAUCACAUUCCACUGGUGAGCAGGUCCAAGGCAAAAGUAGGCAAGACAUCAAAUGCAAAUUUUACUUUGUACAAGAGUCUACUCACACCACCUCUCUAACAUCCAUCCAGGCAAGCAAGAAGCAAGAUGAGAAUUCAAGGCAGGGUCAGCCCACCCAUGAGGCAAGAUGAGAUGACUGCCUCAUGUGGCAGGAUCCACAGGAGCAGCAGAGCUGGCCUCCAAAGAAUCACUGCCUGUUGCCACAAUGAUGGCAACAAUAUCUGUAGUGCACUCCUCUGAGGCCAGGUCAGCUUCCUCCUUGGCAGUCUCCCUCACCACCACCCCAUAGCAGCCUCUUGGCAAAUUGGAGGCCUUGCUAGUCUCCUUCCACCCUUGUUCCUGAUGUCAAUCUUUCCACCCCUCUUGUUCCUGAUAUAGAUCUUCACCCACCUCUUCUUCACUGGCUGUGGGGAGGCACCAUGUUGUAGUCCGCCUCAGGUGCCAAAGUGUCUUGGGCCAGCCCUGAUUCAAAGACACAUUCCAACCACACAUAAACAUGCAAGGAGGGCACAGAGCAGGGUCAGUGAGGGAUGUUGUCUAGGGAGAGUCCCAAGGCUUGGAAGGCCAUGUUUGGCUCUCACUCCUGAGGUUAGAAUCAGAACUUCGCACUGAAAGAGGAAAGGCAACCCCUCCCAAAUAGGCCCACACAAAGAGGGCUAAAUGUUUUGUGAUAGGGUAGUGUUCAAAGUCCUUUGCAUACAUUAACUCCACAAUUGUUACAAUAACCUACUAAGGUAGAUAGUUGUUAUUUUACCCCCCCCCCCCAAGUCCUGCAGACUGGAAGACUGAGGCUGAGUGAGCAUGAGACUUACUGUGGCUGAGGUAAGAUUUGGAGAGGGGGAUGUUCCAGUUCACACUUGUGAUCUCCAGCCCUUCUCUGAAAGGAGGGGAACCACAUAUACUCCUAGGCUUUGCCAAGUUUGCUUUUGCUGGGUGAAGUGGGGAAAUGGUGAAGAAGAAGGAAAAGUUGGAGGGAAUCAACCUUUGCAAGAGAUGUCCCGUUAAGAAGGCUGUUGUGUUGUACAGUUCCAUCUUGGAAAAGCUGGGACGCCUCCCAGCGAAGUGGUUGUACUCUGGACUUGAGCCAACCUGAGAUGCGAAUCUCCCUGCUUUGUUUCUCUGGUUGCGGGAGAAGGUGGCUGAGUGCAUGUUGCUGCGUGGGGCUUUUUUCCAGCAGGUUCGUCUGCCGUCUGGCACCCUCUCCUGGAGCUUCGCAAGGGCAGACCUUGCAGGCGGUUGAAUGUGGUUCCCAUCUUGGGUUGAUGCCGCCAGUUUCCCAGGCUGGCCUGGUCUUUCCUGCUGCCUCGUCUUGGCAAGAUCCUGCGCUGCAGUCCUAAGCAACCCCCCUCUCCUCCAUCCCUGAUCCUUUUGCUUAGAAACUGUUGCACGUUCGAGGGGAAUAAAUGCUUUUCUUCCACCCCCUUUGGUGCUAGGCUGGCCUGCUCACUCUCCUUGGCUCAGAAGGAGAAGCUUGGUGCCAGCAAAUUUUGGUCUCUUGAUGUGGUGCCCAGUCUGGCAGGGCGAGGGACUCAUUUCAAGCUGCUUUCUUUGGUAAUCAAACAGUGGCUUUUUGCUGCAGCAAGAUGCGGGGGGGGGGGGGGGGGUUGCUUGAGGCUGGCUGAGGAACUGGGUGUGGUUGUGGCUUAUUCUCUUGAGAACUUGUGGGGCAGGGGAGGAAAGCUCUUCAUGCUACUAGUCCACAAGAGGACAGGAUCCUGUGCCAAAAGACACCAUCGUCACAGCAGCAGAAAGGAAGGGAAACAAGCUACUAGUGAAGUGGAGGGGGGUAGCUUUCAUUUUUUCAUUCUUUGGGGCAUUUUGAGAGGUGAAGUGUAGUGCUUUGAUUGCAGUGAUGUCCCCUUGCCCAGUUUCUGUAGUCUCUGGGGCAGAAAUGGCUUCCAGUAUGGCUGCCUUACACCACAGUGUUAAAGAACACUGGGGGUGGGGGUGGGGAGAGAGAUUAAAUGUUUGUGGCUCUGUCAAGGGAGGGGAGAUUUUUAAGGGGAAGGUGCAACACCCUCCUCUCUAUGGAGGGUGGAUGAGUGGAGAGGAAAAGAGACAUAGAAAGCCUCCCCCUGCACCAUGUUCUCUUGGUCCUUGCGUCGUGCCCUGUUUUUGUCCGUGGCGGGACAUUGCCUUGCCUUGAGGGCUUUGGCGGCAGCUCAUAGUUCCCCAUUGGUCUGAGAGCCCCACCCCUGGCCUAAUGUGUGUGUUCCGUGCCUCCUGCUGGGUCCAGCAAUGGGCCUGUGAGUGUCUCCAUGGCAACCAGGCCUAGUGUGGAUGGAGUCAGUGGUUGGGCUUUGUGUGAUCUUGGAAGAUGAGGUUCUGUUCUCUUUCAUACAAACGCACACGGAAUCCUUUCUGUGACUGAAAUCCGUUCUUUGUGCUUGGGUUGCUAAAUACUCCCACCCACUCACCCCUUGUAUAUAGUGAAAGAAUUUCUGCACUAUUAUAGAGUGAUUAAUUGACUGGAGGAACUUUUAUCCAACUUCAUGGGAGGGCAGGAUGGAGCCUGGGCUGUGUUUGUGGCUGGCUGGCUGGCUGGUUGACUGGCUAGCUGGGGUGAAUUCAAUGCCACCCCUACCCCCCUCCUCACUCACUCUGUUCAGUUUGUUUUAGAGCCAAAAUGCAGCUUUUUCACAUAAUUGCACCAUUCAACGAUUUGCUUUGCCAUUUGGUGUUGUAAAUACAGUCUCUUUUGAAAUCUAAAUUUGUUUUAAAAACUCUUGUCUCACCCAUCUGCCUUAAAGGCCAGGGUGCGGGUUACAGCAAUAAAUACAUUUUUAAAAAUAAUAAUAAUAAAGAUUGUCAACGAAAUAAGAGCAGAAUUUGCCAAGGCCAAAGAAGUGCUAGACUAGGUUUCUUUUUACGCUCUUGGUUUUAAAAUAAAAUUUGCGGGGGAAUGGAAAAAGAAAUAAAAAUAUUUAAAUCAACAAUACAGCAAAAUAGGGCCAUCUGUAAGUCUACUGCAAUCCAUUUUGAGAAACCUGAUGGGAAAGGCAGGUUUUCAGCUGGUGCCUAAAAACAACGCUGAUAUAAAUCAGAUGUUACGCAAUGGGGUGGCUGUUACUGAGAAGGCCAUGUAGGUCACAGACACUGCCCCCCCCCAAUUUCUCUUAAGGCUUGAACUACCAGAUGUGCCUCCUGAGUAGAUCUCAAGUUAUGGACUGAAUGACAUGGGGAAAGACUCUACCUUGGAUGGCCAUCCCACAAACUAAUUAGGGCUUCAUGCUUCAAGGCUGAAAUGUUGAAUUGGGGUCAGUAGUUAACUGGCGACUAAUAAGAAACCAGUCUUGUAAUGGCCCCUAAAUGUCAGACCCAGCAACAUUCAUAGCCACAUUCACAGCAUACAUCUAAAGCACUGUGAUAUCAAUUUAAACUGCCAUGGCUUUCCCAGAAGAAUCCUGGAACCUGUAGUUUGUUAAAGGGAGUGAGAGUUGUAUUCCCCUCUGACAGCUACAAUUCCCAGAGUUCCCUGGGAAGAAGGAUUGGUUGUUAAGCCACUCUGAGAAUUUUAGCCCUGUCAGGGGAAUGGGGGGGGCAGACUUCUAGGGACAUUCAGCUGCAUUAACAAACUACAGUCCCCAGAAUUCUUUUUUUAAAAAAAUAUAUACAUAUAUAUAUAUAUAUAUAUAUAUAUAUAUACACACACACAUAUACAUACACACACACACACACACAUAUAUAUACACACACACACACAUUUUUAUUGGUUUUUUAACAUAUUAGUUCCAACAGUCAUACAACAGUCAUACAACAUAUCUUCACAUCUUAUACAAUAUUUUUGACUUCCGUCAACACCUCUGAUGAUUUUCCGUUCUUUAUCACUUUUCUACAUUUCUUAAUUUCCUAUUACAUUUAAUUAUCCUUAACUAAUAAUUCUUUUCAUAGUCUUUCUUGUAAUAUUUCAAAUAAACCACCUUACAAAACUUCUUUAGUCCCACUAGUGUAAUCUGUCCACUACAAUUACUUUUCAGAUAGUUCAUACAUUUACUCCGUCCCCAGAAUUCUUUUGGGGGAAGUCAUGACUGUUUAAAUUGGUAUCAUACUGGUAUAAAAUAUACGUUGUGAAUGUAGCUUUUCAUGGUUCCAAUUUCCAUUAGCUACAAUUUCUGGACUGUUGCUCUUUCAUCUUCUUCAUUCAGCUCUAUGUACUUUUGAAGGAAGAAAAUGCUAACCAGCCCCACUACCACAUCACCAAGAGUCCAAUUAAUAUGUGUGUACGAUACUCAGAGACUUUGUGGGUGCCAAGAGAAGACAUCCAGGGUGCUAUGGGCACUGUAUUGUUGGCCCCCUGCAUUUUAGAUUCUGCUUUGAGCAAUGGAUUUGUAUUUGGAUUACGUGGCCUUCAAGAUGUCCUUCCGAGUUCUAAGAAAUUCUAAGCAUGAUUUGUCCAAGAAUAUUUGCCCACUUUAAUUUUAGCUCUAAGCUGUUGGGCCCUUUCUGAGUUUGCAGAUCUGUGCUUGUUUGCUAACAGGCAAAGGCAAAAUUAUUGUUUCUCCUUCCUUCCAGAAGGAAAACCAGCUCUUAAUUAUACAUGCCUUGCUAGAUCAAACCGAAGGUGGGAUGUGAAAGCACUAGUUGGCCCCCUGUUGGAGCCCCUGGAUCUGGGGCUCAAAGAUAUGGAUGUGCCUCUACUACCUUUGGAGAAAUGCCUGUUAAUUCUGUUCAGCAUUCCGUAGAAAAUAACUUCAUAGAUGUUUCCCAUUUUGGAUUUUCAGAGGCUCUUUGAAAAUAAACUGGCCACAUGCAUAGAUUUAUGCCCUUCAUUUAUGCAGAUUUACUUGGUAGCAGUGGAGGCUGGUUCAUUUGGGCAAAGGGGACACUGCACCACCAACGUCAGUCUAUCCCCAGCCAACUCCCUCCUGCCUGCCUUCUUACUUCCAACCAGUCCUGGUUGUAAGCUCUGCCUCUCAGUGUCCUCCUCUGUAGUCCCGGUGUUGACCUUGUAGGGAGUAAAGUGUGGGAAGAUUGGGGGGACAUCAGAAGUAAUGGCUCUGCCUGCCAUUGGUCUGGUGCCAUCUACUGUUAGACUUCCUGCCUUCCACCCUUCUGGUCCCAGUGGGCACUAGCCUCCUCUGUCUGGUAGAGUUCCACAUUUCUAAUGCCUGAUAACAGGUAACUUUUGUGCCUGAUUUAUUUUGCUUUUGUUUAUUUCAUGAACAAUUUAUAUUUAUGUGUCUUGUUUUCUGAGGAUUCUGGGAUGCCAUGCCCACAGUAGCAAUGUGCUAUUGGGUACAGUCCAAGGCACCAUGGGCGUAGCCAAGGGGAAGUUGGGGGAAGUUGCUCCCACCAAAUCAAGUAAAUCAAUAAAAAUACUUAACUGAGGUUCAGCACACACCCCGCCUCAACAUAAAUCCUGGCUACGCCCAUGCAAACUACUUUGAUGCCCAAAGCAGAAAAUUCAAAAUGGUGCUUUACCCUUAGUGUUUUUAAAAAUGUUGUUGGGGGCAAGUGCCUGGCAGUGUGUGACAAAUAGGGCUAACUCUGAUUGGGGUGCCAAAAGUAUAUUCUUUCUCCCCCUACCCACAAUCCAUAGUGUGUUCAUUUCAGUCUCAAUUAUGGUGCAGGCUAUGAAAAUUCUUCCUUCUGUCCCUGGACUUUGAAGAAGACCCUGCAUUUUUGAAGCUGUGGUAAAUGCCACAGGAGAUAUACUCCCAUGACGGACUUCAAAUUUCUUUUUCUAGGUCAUAUCCCUUAUGGGCAUUUUAGUCCCUGAGAGAGAAAAUCCAAAUCCUCUUCUCUUUCUUCCCAAGGUGGUAACAACCUAAUAAUUACUCCCUGUAAUAGCAAACUUUGUGGUAAGGGCCGGCAGAAAUUUGAAUCGGGGCCCACUGAGAAACAAGGAGUUACGUAUCAGCAUUCUCGAGGGAAUGCAUUUACCCCUCCGCAAUUACAAGAAACUUUUUUUAAAAACCUAAGAGGGUAAAAAAAGGGGGUUCUUUUGGGAGGAAGGAUGAGAUAUAAAUCUAAAAAAUAAAUUGACAAACAAAACACAUGAUUGGCAUCCGUUGAAAGUUGUGUGUUGGGAGUGAGGUGGGUGUGCAUAAAAUGGGGAUGGGGUGGGGGAGAACGACCUUCUUCAGCUGCUUAUAGCUGUGUUCCCAAACUUUUCCCCUCACAGACCACUUGAAGAUUGCUUAGGGUGUCAGCAAAUCCAUUAGGUUGCAUACACACCGUACAUUUAAAGCAUAUGCCUUUCCCCCAAAGAAUUCUGGGACCUGGAGUUUGUUAAGGGUGCUGGGGGGCUUGUCGCUCUGUGAGGGUUGAACUACAGCACCCAGGAUUCUUUGGGAGAAGCCAUGUGCUUUAAGUGCAUGGCAUGUAUGCUAUAUGAUUUUUAAAAUUUUAUUUUUACAGACAUGCCGCUGACCACCUGAAUGAAGCUCAUGGACCACUCUUGGUCCAUAAAUCACAGUUUGGAAACUCUGGUUUAUAGUAUUGGAGAAGGGUAUGUCUGACUGGCUGGAACCUAAACGAGAGCACACCUCUGUUUGGCUGCAAGGGUAAACUGCAAGCUUUUUUGCUGCAGACCUGACUUGUACAUUCAAAUACAGUGGUGCCUCGCAAGACGAAAUUAAUUCGUUCUGCGAGUUUUUUCGUCUUGCGAAUUUUUCGUCUUGCGAAGCAUGGUUUCCCAAAGUCUUCAAAAUCACCAAAGUCUUCAAAAACCUCAAAAAAGGCUACCACACCACAUGCUAUGAGUUGCUCCUCGAAGUCACCCUGGGUAUUAACGGUUUUAAGAAAAAGGAAACAAACUUGCAAGACGUUUUCGUUUUUCGUCUUGCGAAGCAAGCCCAUAGGGAAAUUCGUCUUGCGAAGCAACUCAAAAAACGAAAAACUCUUUCGUCUUGCGAGUUUUUCAUCUUGCGAGGCAUUCGUCUUGCGAGGUACCACUGUAAUUUACAGUUGGCUGCCCUUCAGUGGUACUCCCAAAUCUCCUGCCUGAGGUGAGCAUCCUCUCCCUGCAAGCUAAAAUUGCAUCUCUGGGCUUCUUUAUGCCAUUACUGAGCCAGAAUCACAACACUCAUUUAAAGUAGUAUUGUCAUAACACUCAUGGCUUCCCCAAAUAACCGUAAGAACUGUCAUUUGUGAAAAGCUGCUGAGACUUGUUAGGAGAGGACUACAAUACCCAGAGUCCCCUGGGAAGAGGGAUUGAAUCAUAGAUCAUAGAACUGUAGUUGGAAGGGACCCCGAGAGUCAUCGUCCAACCCACUGCAUUGCAGGAAUCUCAGCUAAAGCAUUCGUGACAGAUGGCCAUCCAACGUCUGCUUAGAAACCUCCAAGGAAGGAGAGUCCACACCACUUUCCAAGGGAGUCUGUUUCACUGUUAAAGUGCAUUCAGUUUUGUGGAAAACGAUCCAAAGAGUAACCAUGAUGGUUUUGGGAGGGCAUUUCAGAGCCACAUGAAAGGCCAUGCACUCUACUUUCUUUGGACAAGAGCUCCAAAUCCUUCCGCCAGUAAGGCAUAAAGCAUCUUACAGGGAAUAAUUUUCAGUAGAAAAGCCCCACUUGGGUUAAGGGCUCAGAAACCCUUCUCUCCUGCAUUAUUGUUAUUCCUUUUCAAAUUUCAACCUUGGCAUUUGCAUGGAAUAAGCAUUAAGAAUCAUCCCAAAAAUUGUAAUUGUGGAACAGUGUUCUGCCAGCAAUGGAAUUCAGAGCAGGUUUUCCCUUACUUAGCAAACACUUCUGCACUGGAUUCCUAAAGACAGAUGUAGCAAUGGCAACCCCCAAGUGGCAACUGUGAAUGUAAGCAUGCUGGAGCAAGUUGUGGCCAAAUGGUGCACUUUCAACUUACCACCACUUGACAUCCCUGGAAGAUACAUGCAGAUUUUGCUCCCAAGAUGUUAGCUCACAUGUUCUCAUGAACAGUUGCUGCUCCAGAUGUUAUUUGUUUGUGUUUCGAUGAGCAUUUGUUCAGGAUCCUGAGCAGCUCCAAAAGUGGUGUAGACAUACUUUUAUUUUAUUUUUAAAAUAAUGGUUCUGUUUUGCAAAUUGCGGCCCCCUAAAAAACAGCAAUAACAAAAUGGCUACCAAUUCCUUCUGUGUCAUUGCUACAGUAUAUACUUGGAAAGAAGGUGAUAAAUCUUGUAAUCAGAUAAACAAUGAGUAAAACAGCUAUCUGAUAUCACCCCUUCCAAACUCUGCAUGGGUCACUGAGAACAUAAAUUCUCAAGAGAAGUAUUUACAAAAGUUAGGAAUGGAAACUGUAUUGUGUCAAAUUGAUUAGGGCCACAUUCACACCACACAUUUAAAAGCUACUACGACUUCUCCCGGGAUGCGGGUGGCGCUGUGGUCUAAACCACAAAGCCUAGGACUUGCUGAUCAGAAGGUCGGUAGUUCGAAUCUCCGCGACGGGGUGAGCUCCCGUUGCUCGGUCCCAGCGCCUGCCAACCUAGCAGUUCGAAAGCACGUCAAAGUGCAAGUAGAUACCUCCGGCGGGAAGGUAAACAGUGUUUCCGUGCGCUGCUCUGGUUUGCCAGAAGCGGCUUAGUCAUGCUGGCCACAUGACCCGGAAGCUGUACACUGGCUCCCUCGGCCAAUAAAGUGAGAUGAGCGCCACAACCCCAGAGUCGGUCACAACUGGACCUAAUGGUCAGGGGUCCCUUUACCUUUACCUUAUGACUUCUCCCAAUGAAUUCUGGGGGUUAUAGUUUGCUAAGGGUGCUGAGAGUUCUUAGGAGAUCCCUCUUCCCCCCUCAUGGAGCUCACUAGGAAGAGGGAUUGACUGUUAAACCACUGUGGGAAUUGUAGCUCUGGAAGGGAAACUGGGAUCUUCUAACAACUCUCAGCACCCUUAACAAAGUAUAGCUCCCAGAAUUGUUUUGAGUGAAACCAUUACUGUUUAAAGUGGUAUCAUAGUACUUUAGAUGUGUGGUGUGAACAUGGUGUAGAUGUAGUUUGCUCUCUUGCAUUCCGUUUAUCAUGCAUCAAUCUUUCCAUGAGCGCAUAAUGCCAAACAUGCUUUUGCCAAUAUGCAAUUAAAACACUAGAAGAUGUAUUCCAGCCUCCAGCUAUGGUUGAUCUAGCUACAUCAAUAGGAAGUUAAUAAGAUAUUCAGGGAGCUGUUUAGUGCAAAGAUUCCUUGCUUUUUUUCUGUGGCUGAUCUCCACUCCACAAAAAAACCACACCUCCAAAUCUCUUUCUAUAUACAGCUUGAUGUAUUUACCACCAUGGUACCUUCUGGGAAAUGGCCCACAUCUCGGUCUUCUUGGCUCCUUAGUAUUGACCACCUUCUCUUUGUUCUGCUUCUUCCAGAAACUUCAGGAAGCAUCUGCGGAUGGUGGGGAGCCGCCGCAUGAAGGCGCAGAGUGAGUGAGGGGAUGGAGGUGGUGCAGGGUGUGCUGUGUUGAAUCACGUCCUGGAGCCCUAGAUCUCCUAGACUGGGGAAGCAGAGGGGAAUCUGUGGCCUUCCAAAUGCUGUUGGACUCACCACUCCCUGCAAGCCAGCAGGGCCCAACGGUCAAGGGUGUUGGGAGUUGCUAGCUUAGCAAAACCUGGAGGGCCAUAGAAGUUCCCUGUCCCUGCCCCAGAGAGCUGCUCUUGCCUUGCUUCACUUUCCCUCCUUGUGCCCUGCUUUCUCAUCCAGACCGAUCCAUGAAUAUAGCCUUCCUUUUUUUCUCGUUUACCUGCUCUAGCUGUUACAGAGUGUGCCUAAAGAGCAUGAGAUUGUGAGCCAGGGCGGUGUGGUGGUUUUUCUUUUGGCUGGUCGUAUAGAAAGCUGUGAUAAUUUAGUCCCUUAUUGCCAUUAUUUAAUUUUUUUAGCCUUUGCCGAGCGCCGAGAGAGGAGCUUCAGCCGGUCCUGGAGCGACCCCACUCCCAUUAAGCCCGAAAACCUCAAUGAUUCCCGAGAAAGUACGUUCCUUUGUUGUGUCCUCGAUGAACCUCCCCUCCCGUUCCCUACCUUCCAAAACCCAAAGGCAAACUGGUUUGGCAUGGGCUUAGUCACUGGGCCAUCCGUGUGAACAAUUCCAACUAACCCUUAGGUUUCCCCAGAAUCCUGUUCUGUCUGAUUUGCUGUGGGGAUUAAGCUGUGAUGCUGCUGUCUUAGGGUGUUUAAAUUUGCUGGUCUGUGUGUGAGUUGCAGAGGGCGGCCUCUCACAACAGCUAGAAUGGAGGUGAGAGAGUGUCUGUCUCUCUGAGCUUCCUUGAAAGCGGGUUCUGCCUGGGGACAGGUAGAGGGUCCCAGGUUCAGGCCCCAGCUCCUCCUAUUCAGAAUCAUGAGAACUGAAGAAUAAUGAUUCAGUGACAGUGUGUCUACUUUGCAUUCAAAGGCCCCCAGCAACUCUAGGUUGGGUUGAUACACACAUUCUUCCUCUAAUCCUGGAUAGCCACUGCCAGUCAGUGUAGAGAAUAUUGAGCUAGGUAGGCAGACCAAUGGUCUGAUGUGUUGUAAGGCAGGCAGCUAUGCUCUUAUUUGGUAAGGGCUGUAGCUCAGGGGCAGAGGUACCUCGUUCAAUCUCUGGCAUCUCCAGGUAGGGAACCCGGCAGAGGGCCUUCUCGGUAGUGGCACCUGCCCUGUGGAAUGCCCUCCCAUUAGAUGUCAAGGAAAUAAACACCUAUCUGACUUUUAGAAGACAUCUGAAGGCAGCCCUGUUUAGGGAAGUUUUUUAAUAUUUGAUGUCUUGUCAUGCUUUUAAUAUUCUGUUGGGAACUGCCCAGAGUGGCUGGGGAAACGCAGCCAGAUGGGCAGGGUAUAAAUAAUAAAAUUAUUAUGAUUGUUGUUGUUAUUGUUAUUAUUAGGGCUUGUAAUGUCCCCUGAUAGGAAAUCCUGGAAGCAGCUGCCAGUCGGUGUAAACAAUAAUGAGCUAGAUGGCCCAAUGGAACAGACUGUUUCUAUGAGGCCAAGGUUACCUGCACAGCCUGCUUGCAUUUUCUUCCCACCUGAGAGCUGAAAAGAGGCUGGAGCUAGAUAGGACACCAAAAACAAGCAGCCUUGCCUCUUGUUCUUUGUUCUUUAUUUAUUAACCCAUCCUCCAUCUGGGGAACCUUUGAUUGUACAGUUGUACAAUCCUCAUUUUGCGCUGGGGCUACAGAGCGCACAUCAACCCAUUCUGACUCCACUCCACCCCUUUUCAUGACAUCUUUAUGGUGCUCUGAGGCUACUUCCAGGUUUGGUGCCAUGAUGUGCAAUCGCAUAUCAUUCAGAUGCGCCUAAGCCAGGAAUUGGCUGUAGUUCAUCAACAACUCCCAUCAUCCUCCCAUUCAGUGUUGGCCAUGAUGACGGGAGCUGAUGGCAUGCACAGCCCAACAACCUCUGGAGGACCAAAGGCUCCCCAGCCCUGGUAUAUAGAGAUAGCAAAAGGUAUCACACAUAAUAUAAGCAAACCACACAAUAAAAUUAUAAUAAUGCAAAACUUUGCAUCAGAGUAAAUAGAGACAGCUAAAUACAGUAUCAAUGGCAGCAGAGUAAAACCUUUUUAGAUGCUCAGAUAGUUCUUCCACUCCUCAAUUAAUUUCCACAAGUACCCUACAAGGUAGGUGAGCUGGCCCAGGGUCACCUAGUGAGCUUCAUGCUUGAGUGUGGGAUUUGAACCCUGGUCUCCCGGGUUUUGGUGUGGCACUCUAACCACUGCAUCACAUUAGCUCUCAUUGUGAUGAUAGCAGUGCCAGUCAGAGUGACAAGGGGAGACCAUUCCACCAAUGAACCUCUGUGGUAUCACCACUUUAUUCAUUUAUAAGAUUUCUUACCUGCCUUUCAUCCUAUGAUCCUGGAGUGGCUUGCAAUUUUAAUACAUAGGUAUAAAAACAGAUCAAAAGAGUUAAUAGUGAUUUUAAAGAAGUUUGAAACAUUCCAACUGGAACAGAACAGUAUAAAUUCAACUCAAGAUUAUGGGUUCCUUAAAGCAAAGGAAUCUUAGUUGUCAAAGACCAGAGCAAAGAGGUUCAUCUUCAGCAAAUGGUGAAAGCUCUGUGACAAAGGUUAUAAUACUUUUAUUACUUAAUAAAUUUAUAUCCUGCCCAGAAGCCCAGGGCAGCAAACAGAUUUAAAGAUGAAAACAAAGCAAAACAAAACACAUUCUGAUUAAAGCAUUCUAAAGACAAUUACACCUAAAACAUUCUAGAAGCAAAUAGAAUUAAAAACAUUCUUUCAUCCAGUGAUCUUGAAGAUACCAGGAACAGUAUUCUUCAGCCACCAAACACCUGUGUAGACAGGAAUGUUUCAAAUCACUCCUGAAAGUUAAUAAUGCUGGAGACAGAUGCCCCUCUCUAAGGGAGGACAUUCCACAAAGGGGAAACCAUGACUGAAAAGGUCCAUUCAUAUGUCGGUGUCAAAUGGGCACAUCCAAGAUGAUGGACACCUCUGUAUGGGGAGGGAGUUCCACCACAAGGGAGCUUUCACAGAGAAAGCUCUCACCCAUGCCGUCAUUCCACAUGCUUCUGAGGAGCCCCCUCUAAAGAUUAACCCUGCUGUAAGCCCCCUAGGAAGUCCUUGGUAUUAGGUAAUGUGGCAAAGAAGCAAAGUAAGUGAGACAGGAAGAUAAGCAUCCUUGAAUUCGGUUCAAAGGGGAAUGCUCAGCCAACAUAACUCUUUCAGAAUCUGCUUCCUAAAGGCAGCAACCAGCCUCUGAUGUUUUGGUCUCCCCUUUUUUCAGUUUCAACAGCAGGCAUCUUCCAGGCUCCAUCUUUGAUCAUCUGUUGGGGCAUCUUAAUUCCUGGUCUGAUCAUGUGAGGAAGGAGGCCAAUGUGCAUGUGGGCCCCUUCUUAACCAGGACACUUUAGAACAUUGUAUGUGUGUGUUCAUGUGCAUAAGGACCCCUCUGCAAUGCUUCUCCCCCUGUAUCUCACAGGCCAUGAGCUCCAGGAUUCCUGCUGUGCACUUGACAAGGGCGUUGACUUGAACUGGGAGGCAGAGAAAGAGCUUGAGGCUGCAGCCUGCAGCGGGGAAGACUUCAUCCCACCCAAGAUCAUGGUGAGCAAUACCCAAAAAGCAGUACGGGCAGCUGCCAAGGGCAGAAGUGGGGAGCGCUCAUCAGUACAAGGGCCACAUCCCGUCACAGGAAAACUUCUGCGGUCCACAUGCCAGCAGACCAAGAGACAAAAGUGGGCAGAGCAAUGAAGGAAAAAAUUCAUUUUUGUACAGUAGGUUGGUUGGUAGACACACUCAGACAUGCUCACCUCUCUCUGUCCUCCAGGCAGGCAGGGAGGCAGGCAGGAGGCAUGAUCUCAGCUAGGCAAAAGCCUUAUUCAAGGAUACAGCGAAGCAGAGCCAGUGAGGGGUAUGAGUUGGGGAGACAAGUGGUUGUGGGGUUGUCCUGUAGAAUAAAGAAUUAACCAGUUCAGGCCUCCAUAUAUGGGAUGUGGCCCUUGUCCACUUGCCCCUGCCACUCCUCCCUGCUGUGCCCAUUUUAAUUGUCUCUCCUUCUUUCUUUCUCCUUCAAUUUCUCCAGCUCAUUUCCUCCAAGGUGCCCAAAGCUGAGUAUGUUCCGACGAUCAUCCGCCGGGAUGACCAGUCCAUUAUCCCCAUCCUUUAUGUAAGUCAUAGCACAAGACCUCAAUGGUCCAUUCCAACUUAGUAAUUUUCUGGGGGUUUUUUUUGGUUUUUUUAAAAUGAUAUUUAUUAAAAUUUCAGAGACAAAAAAUUACAUAAUUAAAGAGAAAAGAAACAAGAGAAAAAAUGAAAAAAAGAGAAAAAACAUACAAAAUACAAAGUACAGAAAAAGAAUAAAAAAAACACUUAAAAACAAAUUAAUCCUUCCGUAUCUUACAUUUCAUUUCCUUGCUUCCCUGACCUCCUCUCACCUCCCUUUUUUGUAUUCCAGUUCAGUUGGUUAAUUCAGCAAUUCCUUUCCCUCUUUGUUUUUGUCUUAGUCCUUUAACUUAAUAUGUUAUAACUUUAGAUUCUCACCUAUUAACAAUCCAUUUUUACAUACACCUUUAUGACAUUGCUGCUAAAACCACUUAACUUUAUUCUGACAUCAUUCUAACAUUCAUUAAUUUUGCAAUAUUUUUGUAAAUAGUAUUUAAAUUUCUUCCAAUCUUCUUCCACCGACUCUUCUCCCUGGUCUCGGAUUCUGCCAGUCAUUUCCGCCAGUUCCAUGUAGUCCAUCACCUUCAUCUGCCAUUCUUCCAGACUGGGUAGAUCUUGUGUCUUCCAAUACUUUGCAAUAAGUAUUCUUGCUGCUGUUGUGGCAUACAUAAAGAAAGUUCUAUCCUUCUUUAGCACCAAUUGGCCGACUAUGCCCAGGAGAAAGGCCUCUGGUUUCUUCAAGAAGGUAUAUUUAAAUACCUUUUUCAAUUCAUUAUAGAUCAUCUCCCAGAAAGCCUUAAUCCUUGGGCACGUCCACCAAAGGUGAAAGAAUGUACCUUCAGUUUCUUUACAUUUCCAACAUUUAUUAUCGGGCAAAUGAUAGAUUUUUGCAAGCUUGACUGGGGUCAUGUACCACCUGUAUAUCAUUUUCAUAAUAUUCUUUCUUAAGGCAUUACAUGCCGUAAAUUUCAUACCUGUGGUCCAUAACUGUUCCCAGUCAGCCAUCAUUAUGUUAUGUCCAACAUCUUGUGCCCAUUUAAAUCAUAGCAGAUUUCACCGUUUCAUCCUGAGUAUUCCAUUUCAACAGCAAGUUAUACAUCUUUGACAAAAUCUUAGUUUUGGGUUCUAACAGUUCUGUUUCUAAUUUUGAUUUUUCCACCUGGAAGCCAAUUUUCUUGUCCGAAUUAUAUGCCUCCAUUAUCUGAUAAUAAUGAAGCCAAUCUCGCACUUUGUUUUUUAGUUUCUCAAAACUCUGCAGUUUCAAUCUAUCUCCCUCUUGUUCCAGAAUUUCCCAAUAUUUCGGCCAUUUGGCCUCCAUAUUGAGCUUUUUCUGUGCUUUCGCUUCCAUCGGUGACAACCACCUUGGGGUUUUAUUUUCCAAUAAAUCCUUAUAUCUUAUCCAGACAUUAAACAAUGCUUUCCUGACAAUAUGAUUCUUAAAUGCUUUAUGUGCUUUGACCUUAUCAUACCACAAAUAUGCAUGCCAUCCAAAUACAUUAUUGAAACCUUCUAAGUCCAAAAUGUCUGUGUUUUCAAGAAGCAGCCAUUCUUUCAGCCAGCCAAAAGCUGCUGAUUCAUAAUAAAGUUUAAGGUCUGGCAGGGCAAAUCCACCUCUUUCCUUUGCAUCCGUUAAUAUUUUAAAUUUUAUUCUGGGCUUCUUGCCCUGCCAGACAAAUCUAGAGAUAUCUCUCUGCCACUUCUUGAAGCAAUCCAUUUUGUCCAAAAUUUGCAAUGUUUGAAACAAAAACAACAUUCUAGGCAAUACAUUCAUUUUUAUUGCAGCAAUACGGCCUAGCAGUGAAAGCUUCAAAUUUGACCAAAUUUCUAAAUCUUUUUUCACUUCAGCCCAACAUUUUUCAUAAUUAUCUUCAAAUAGAUUCCCAUUUUUAGCUGUCAUGUUAAUCCCCAGGUAUUUCACUUUCUUAACCACUGUUAAACCUGUCUCAUUCUGAAACCUCUCUCUCUCAAUCGCAGUUAAAUUUUUCUCUAAGACCUUUGUUUUUAACUUAUUCAGUUUAAAUCCUGCUACCUGACCAAAUUCUUGAAUCAAUUCCAAAACCCUUUUAGUACUAGAUUCUGGCUCCUGCAAUGUCAGUACUAAGUCAUCUGCAAAUGCUCUCAAUUUGUACUGUUUUGCUCCGACUUGUAUACCUUUAACCAAUUGGUCCCUUCUGAUCAUAUUCAGCAGGACCUCCAGGACCGAUAUAAAAAGCAAUGGGGAGAUUGGGCAACCUUGUCGUGUCCCUUUUUCUAUCUUGAAUUCCUCCGUCAACACAUUCUUUACAAUUAAUUUAGCCUUUUGUUCUGAAUAUAUUGCACUUAUACCGUUUUCAAAGCCUUGGCCUACCCCCAUACCCUGUAAGUUCCUCUUCAUGAAACUCCAAGAAAUGUUGUCAAAAGCUUUCUCCGCAUCCACAAAUAUCAAAACUGCCUUAGUAUUUAUAUUCUCUUGUAGUUUUUCUAAAAUAUUGAUUAUGUUUCUCACAUUAUCAGAUAGAUGUCUACCCGGGAGAAAGCCUGCUUGGUCUUUAUGUAUCUCUUCCACUAACACUCUUUUUAGUCUUUUAGCCAAGAUGUCUGCAAAAAUUUUGUAAUCCACAUUGAGCAGUGAUAUGGGGCGGUAGUUCUUAAGCUGCGUCUUUUCAGUCUCUGUUUUCGGUACAAGUGUAAUGUACGCUUCUUUCCACGACUCUGGUGCCCUUUUCCCACCCAUUAUUUCGUUACAGACUUCUUUUAAAGGUUGUACUAACCAUUCUUUUAAAGAUCUGUAGUAUCUAGAAGUCAGUCCAUCCGAUCCUGGAGAUUUACCUAGUUGCAUAUUCUGAAUGGCACCUUCUACCUCCUGUUCAGUUAUUUUAUAGUUCAACAUUAAUUUAUUUUCUUGAGAGAUUUUUUGUAAUCCAUUUGUUUUCAAAAAUCGGUCUACGUCAAUUUGUUUCUGUGGCCCUUGUGUAUAUAGUUGUUUAAAGUACCUCUGGAAACAGUUUCUAAUCUCAGCUGGGUUCUGUAUAUUCCUUCCUUCCACUUCUAAAUUUGUAACAGUAUUUAAUUUUUGUCUUUUUUUCAUUUGCCAAGCCAACAAUUUCCCACAUUUAUUUGCCGACUCAAAUGUCUUUUGUCUCAUUUGUUUAAUUUUCCAUUCUAUCUCCUGAUUCAUCAUUUUCAUGUAUUGUACUUGAUAUAACUUUAUUUCUCUCAAAAUCUCUUGCGACUUUGCUUUUGCUCUCAAUUUCUUUUCACUUUCCUUUAUUUUCUCCAAUAUUUUAUCCUUCUUCUCAUUUUGGAUUCUCUUCUUUAAUGCAUUCUGUUGUAUCAAGAACCCUCUCAUAACAGCUUUGCUUGCGUCCCAGAUUACAAUUUAGUAAUUUUCUGAAGUGGCAUCACUUCGCCAAGUGCUAGAAAGCAUAUAUUGAGGAAUUCCCUCCCAAGGGAGGUUAGUCUGUCAGAAAGGUCUUUGGAACCUAAGGAGCAGGGAAUGCUGAUCACUGGGCUGCUGUCAGGGCAAACCAUGACAAAUUGCUGGUUCCAAAUGUGUUCUGAUGUAUUUUAACCAUUGUUUUCAAUUAGUUUGGUUGUGUCGCUUUGCAUUUUAUAAUGUUGCGUUUAAAUGUUGUAAGCUGCGUUGAAUUCCAACUUGGGAGAAAGGUGGGUUAUAAAUCCAUCAAAUAACAACAACAACAACAACAACAACAAUAAUAAUAAAAAAAAAAAAAAUCUCUUUUAGGGAGAUUCCCGGUAAAGCUAAACCAAUCAUCUGCACUCUAUGCUGAUUCUAUUAUUAUAACAUUUUAUCACGCUGUUCUAUGUUAUUUGAAUCUCCAUGCUGUUGGCUGUUUCUGAGUUCUAUUUUGGGUGGAGAGUGGGAUAGAAGUAUCUCAAAUCCAUAAAUAAAUUGUAGGCAGAAGAUUGGUGGAAGAUCACAUUAAAUGUGGGCAUUGACUGAUAGUUUAUGGGAGAACUUGGCCAGUACAGUGGUUGUUUUUCUUCUCUUCCUGGGUUAUUCCCAUGUGACAGAGGUUGGAAACGUUAUCUGUAAAGAAGAGUCUGUGCUGUUAUUAAUAAAUAAAUAAUAUUCCAUCAGUGGCAUGUUACAGCAUAGCACGAGCAAAUAUAAUAAUAAUAAUAAUAAUAAUAAUAAUAAUAAUAAUAAUAAUAGCAGGGCAUGCUCAAAAAUCAACUCUUUUUUGGCUCUAUACCAGAGGUAGCUUAAAUAAUAAUAAUAAUAAUAAUAAUAGUAGUGGUAGUAGUAAUAAUUUUAUUAUUUGUAUCCCACUCAUCUGACUAGCCACUUGGAUGGUUUUAAAAGAGGAUUGGAUAAAUUCAUGGAAGAAAAUGCCAUCAAUGGCUGCUAGCUACAAGAGCUUCUGAAUACUAGUUGCUGGAAAUCAGAGGAAGGGAGAGCGCUGCUGUGCUCAGGUCCUACUUAUGGGUUUCUGGUUAGCCACUGUGGGAUCAGAAUGCCGCACCAGACGGGCCAUUAGCCUGAUCCAGCAGGCCCCUUCUUAUGUUCCAACUCGUUUAAAAAGUUAGUAUCACUUUUUUCUGCCUAGCACAAUGCGCUUUGUGCCUUUCUGAUGGAUUAAAAUGUGGUGUGUUUUUAAAAUAAAAAAGCAAUGCCUCUCUGUUUGUUUGCUUCCAGGAUCACGAGCAUGCCACCUUUGAUGAUAUUUUGGGUACGUGAGUGUUUGGCAAUUAAGCUGAAUUGAACGGGACUGGGACUGGUGGGUGGGUGGGUGACAUUGUGUCCUAAGACAAAUGGCUGGAACCUUUGCUUCACUGUUGGUUCUGAAUGCAAGACAAAGGUUUCUUCACACCCCACUGGCUCCAAAGGAAGCUCAUCUCUAGAGAAAAGGGGAAGGGCAGGGGUGCCUUUUGCUGGCCUCCUUCUAAUCUUCUUUAUACAGUACCACUGUAUAAAGUAAUGCAAAGCAAAAUAGAAAACCGUAGCAGUCAAAUUACUAGUAAAUACAUUGUGCUAUAAAAUGCUGGGUGCAAAAAUAUAUAUGAAAUUAUAAGUUUGUUAAAAUUAAUUCCUGGCAAGUUUUACAUGCAGGAGAACAUUAGUCUCCCUUGAAGAGGUGAAUGGAUACGUUCUGAUCUGGAAGCAUAAGAUGCAUCUGAUCAUCCUGGCAAUUUCUGUAAAAGGUGUUUGGUAAAAAAUCUUAGGUAUAUCAUGAUAAAAAGAACUCUGCUUAAGAACUCACGUUAUUAAUUUUACCUCUACAGAUUUGCAGUGGUAUUUAUGCUGACAAUAGCAGAGGUUUUUUUUUAACCUCCCCUCCAGACCUGCUGACGGGAAAACAUUUAAAUGCACCACAGUAAAUGUUUUACUUCACGCAGCACAUAGUUAAACUAUGGAACUCACUGCCACAGGAAGCAGUGGUAGCCACCAACCUAGAUGUAUUUAAAAGAGAACUGGACAGAUUCAUGGAGAAGAAGGCUAUCAGUGGCCAUUAGCCAUGAUGGCUUUGCUUUGCCUCCACUGCCAAAGGCAGCAAUUAUUCAGAAUACCUGUUGCUGGAACUUACAGGAGGGUAGAAUGCUGCUCUUGUGCCCAGGUCCUGCUUUUGGGCUUCCUAAUGGGGCAUCUGGUUGGCCACUGUGGGAAUAGGAUGCUGGACUAGAUGGGCCAUUGGCCUGAUGCAGUAGGACUGCCCUUAAGUUCUUAUGGAUCAGUCCUUUGAUUCCACCUUGAUGGUGAUCUCUGCCUUUUCCUUCGUGCUGUACAUGUCUCAUAUACCCUUCUCUUCCCUCCCUGCCACCCCACCUGCCCCUUCCCUUUCUUCCAUAGAGGAAAUUGAGAAGAAGCUGAACAUCUACCGGAAGGGCUGCAAAAUCUGGAAGAUGCUGAUUUUUUGUCAGGUAUAUAAAUGCCCCCUGGUCGUUCCUUUCCUUGGAUUCACUUACCACUGUCUCGUUCACAACUUUCCCCCAGCCCUUCCCCCUAAUGGCUUGUUCUCAAGAAGCUGGACUGAAGAAGUCCUUUCAGCCCGAGGGCCAGAUUUCCUUCUGGGCAGCCUUCUGAGGGCCACAUGACAGUGGUAGGCUGGGCCAGUGGCAAAUGUGGGUGGAGCAAUGAAUGACAAUUUUGCUUUGUACAGUAGGCUAGUUUUCUACAGAGAUUAACAUACACACACUCCUUUCUGCCCUCCAUCAGGGCAGGCAAAAGGCGUGAACAGGGUUCAAGGACACAUUGCAGCCAGGCAAACACACUCAGGGGAGGGGGCAGUGAGGGGUGUGGCCUAGAGAGAGUUCUGAGGGCCAGAUGGGGCGGAUGGAGGGCUGCAUUCAUCCCCCUGGGCUUGAGGUCCCCCAUCCCAUCAUAAACUCCUCUCUCUGCUUCACCCUCCCAAUUUUUGAGAGAUGCUAGACUGCACAGCACCAUCUUCCAAGUCUGUUCCCUCCCCUUGGCAACCACCAACAGCAGAUUUUUUCCUGGAGCCUCCAUUUUUGUUGGUGCUGAUUCAUGAAGGAGGUUGGAAAGUCUAUACUUAACCCCCACCGGGCUGCCACCUCCAAAGGCCUAGAAAAUGUGUCAUGUUUCUUAAGCACUCUGGCUUAAUCAGGACCGGCUAUUCUCAUUAUUAUCUUCUAAAUGUCAAAGCCCUUGUUUGUGUGUUGCCUGGUCCACCUCCUUAUCCUUUUUCAAUUGUACGUUGUUGAAAUUUCCAAAACAAAGCAGAGUACACAAAAGGCCUGGAGUUUUCACAUUUCCACCCCAUCAGACACACGCCCAAUACCUGUGGGUGUUCUCUUGUUCAGCAAUACCUUCUUCUCUGGGCGUAUUUGGAGUUUUAUUGGUCCGCAUUCACACUGUACAUUUAAAGCACAAUGAUACCACUUUGAACAGUCAUGGCUUUCCACAAAGGAUUCUGGGAGCUAGAGCUAAUUAAGUGUGCUGAGCCUUGUUAGGAGACCUCUUGCUUCCCUCACAGAGCUACUGUUCCUGAAGUGGUUUUACAAUCAGCCCCACUUCCUGGGGAAUGUCAACUUUUCCGCUGAAUUUUUUUGCAAUAUAGAGAUCUGUUAAAAUGUAAUCAAUGAAGGCUGUAACAUGGGGUGCACUUUCAAGUAAGUGAACCCUGCUGAACUCAAGCGGGGCUUGUUUCUGCGUAAACAUUAGCAGGAUUUCAGUGUUAAAUCACUGGAAAGCAAGGCUGUUAAGAAUGAUAGUUGACUGUAUGUUUUUUUAAUUGAUUAAUUUGCACGUUCAAACAAAAGUUCUAAAGCAACAGACACGCUUCCUUUGCCUUUUGAGGAUGCAAGCAGCAGCUUAGUAGAGGUGUUUUCUCUUAUGUGAGAGAGCGGGGGAAGCCUCUUCUAAGACUGCAUUUGCACCAUGCCAUUAAAGCUCUAUGAUACCACUUUCAAUUGUCAUCACUCCCCCCCCCCCCCGGAAAGAAUUUUGGGAGCUCUAGUUUGUCCAGGGUGCUGGGAGUUGUUAGGAAACUCCAGUUUCCCUCACAGAGCUACAAUUCCUAGAGUGGUUUAACAAUCAGUGCUUCCCAGAGAACUCUGGGAAUUGCAGCUCUGUGAAGAGAACAGGAGGUCUCCUAUUCAGCUUUUAGUAGGGUGGGGGGAGGUAGGAUUUGUCCUUUGUAAUCCACUGAAAAAUGAAUACUUUUAAUAAUUAAUGGUUCUUUUAUUUACUUGUUUGAUGCAUGUUAAGUUUUGCAUUAUGUAUGUUUUUAUAAUGGUAGCUCACUCUGAGAUGUUUUUGUUGUAACAGCAAAUAAAUGUAAUGAAUAAUAAGUGUCUCCCAUUAGGUGAAGUUGGCCAAAUAAUAAAGGAAAAGCAGUAACUGCAAUAGCUCUACUGCAGCACGCACAGGCUGUUUCUCCAGACUCUGCCUCUUUUCCCCCUGCAGGGCGGUCCAGGCCACUUGUACCUUCUGAAGAAUAAAGUUGCCACCUUUGCAAAAGUGGAGAAGGAGGAAGACAUGAUCUAGUGAGUGAGAGGAUCCUGGGCUUUUUGCUUGUUUCUCAUUUGGGAGCCACAGCUACGUGUAUCCUGCAUGUAUGGAACUUUGGACUAAAGUUUCAACAUCUCAGCAUUCGCUGUGUACUGUACUGAGACCAACUGGUAUAGGGCAGCAUAUAAAUUCCAAUAAUAACAACAAUAGAGUUUCCAGUUCUUAGGACUGCAGAAAAUUGCCCGUCCAUUUUGGCUGUCCGAAAUCUCUACAUGUGCACAGCAAUUGUGCAGGGUUUUGCAUAGAAUUUGGAAUCUGGAGAAGCUUCCAGAUUGUUGUUGAUUGGGAGAAAGCAAGCUUUCAUGACCUCCAAUAGAACUCUCCCCUCCUGAGUAGCAAAAUAGAAUUGUAGAGCUGGAAGGGAAUCCAAGGAUCACCUAGAACAACCUGCUGCAGCACAUUAAACAGCAUAAAAUAAAUAAGCAAAUACAUUCAUGUUUGUGGGAUUUAUGUAUGGAUCGCUGCAUUCAGAUCUCUCUGGUGCAAAAUCUGGGAUGUGUUGGCCCAGAAUCAAUCAGCCUUUGCUGACUGUCUUACAUGGUUUUUGUCCUACCCUUCAAACACAUUUAUUUAUUUAAAAUCUUUCUACCCCACUCUUCUCCAUAGAAGAUGAUCCCAGAGCGAGCUACAGAUUGAUUGCCCAUAAAAUAAAACUCAUUGCCAAUAAAAAUACAUAGCCAACAAAAAAACACCAAGUAACACAUCAAUACUAAAAUCAUAACAGCACGACUGAGCAAACCUCAAAGCAGCAAGCAUGGAGGCCAAUGAAUCACUCACAGGCCCAAGUGAAUAAUUAAGCCUUUAUUUAUUGGUGCUGAAAGAGCAGGCACCAAUCAGUUCUGGGAUGGAGCACUUGGGAGACAACAGUAGCUCAGUGAGCUUUGUAGAGGUUUGAACCCAGGUGGCUUAGCCAGUGGUGGAGCUUCAUGCUCCGGCACCAGGGGCAGAGAACAGGUGGGAGUGUGGCUGGCGAAUGUCCCGGGGGGGCGUGGUGCGCGUCCUGGGGGUGUGGCACCCAGUGGGGGGGGGGUUAGCCGUGAUGGCACCCUACCAGGAUCGUGAUGCCGGGGGCGGUACGCCCCCCCUGCCCCCCUCUUCCUCCGCCAAUGGGCUUAGCCUGACAAUCUAAUCACUACACCACAUUGCCUCUCUGUUAUAUGCCAAAGCUUGACGUUACCUGGGGGAUGAGAUAAGGGAAGGUUAGCAUCAAUCUGUGCUGCUUGGGGCUGUUGGGAGUUGUAGUCCAAAGUGCCUGGAGGAUGCCAGCUGGCCAAAGGCUGGCGCAACUAGUGGGUAAAGACUUCAGCAGACCAGGCACCAGUGAAUGAUCUGCAAAAGUGGCCAUGGGAGGGAAACAACUGUUUGCAUUCAGAGGUGAAACAGUGGGUUAAAACAGGGGUUCCCAAAUUCCACUGGGUGGGUAGUGGAAUUACUAAGAGGCAAGGGGUUGGAAGGGGAAUGCUGACGGUGUAAAUGACUAUCAAACUUUGAAAAGCUGGUGUCACUGGAUCAAGUUCAUCAAUUUUGUUGAAUUAAUUAAACUAGAUAGUUUUCAUUGGAUUUUGAAUAAACGUGCAAUUAAUUGCUGCUGUUUAGGAUUUUUUUGUUGUUAUUAUUUUCCUGAGUGGGUUCUGAAUCACUGGGAUAAGGCAUGGGUGGGGAAACCAUUUUGAUUCAGUGAGCCAGAUAUUGAUAUCCUGCCACCCCAGCAGACCAGCUUUGACCGCUCACCUGACAUCACUCUGGUGCCAGGUGGGUGGUCCUUUGCACCUGUCAAUAGAGUUGACCCACUGGGGGAGGCAGGGGAAAUACCACACAAAGUGGGACUGAACUCCCCACCAAUCCUGCUUUGCAUGAACAUUAUUGAAAGUGGGAACACGUAUAACUGCCCCAAUACCAACAUAAACACAAAUCAUUGUGAACACACCAUAAAAAAGGAGGGCUCCCAAAACAGACUGCCCACACAUGUUUUUGGUCAUAGAAUUGUCCAACCCUCUGCAAUGCAGGAAUCUCAGCUAAAGCUUAAAAACCUCCAAGGAAGGAAAGUCCACAACCUCUCAAGGAAGGUUUCAGUCUGUUUUGUGUUGGUGGUGGGUGUCUCUGAGCCCAGGCAUGGUGGGGGCAAGUUCCAUUCGCCUGCACUUUACGCAUUAGGCAACCAGCCAGCCAGGAAAGGUCAUGUGGCAAUUGACAGGACCCCUCUGUGACUAACGGGUUCUUCCAUCUUCUCCCCCCCCCCCCCAGUUUCUGGAAGCGGCUGGGCCACCUGAUGAGCAAGCUGAACCCGGAGCCAAACGUCAUUCACAUAAUGGGGUGCUACGUGCUUGGGAACCACAAUGGAGAGAAGGUAAGGCCUAUCGUCUUGUUCCCCAGAGAGGCUCCAGGUGGCUCCAGCAAGGCGUUGGGGAACCUAUUUCAACUUCUGAGGGCCACGUUUCACUGUGAGAAACCCACAGGCCAGUGGUGGGCGGGACCAAAGGAAAAAGUGGGUGGGGCAAUGGAUGUGAUUUGUACCUCUGAACAGUAAGCCUUAUCCCAGCUAUGCAAAUCAGUUACUACAUGUGCACACACAUGCACACCCCCUAUUCCAUCCUCCCUUCAAAGCAAGCAAGAAGCAUGACGAUAAGUUUACAACAGUUUACAUCCCAGAUAGGCAAGAGUUUCCAUGGAGCGUGCAGGCCAGGCCUGGUGGGAAGUGGGCAUGUCCAGGGAGAGUUCCAAGAGCCAGAUAGAUAACUCUAGAGGGCUGCUCUAGCAGUUCUGGUCCAGCUCUGUCCUCUGUGCUGUUCUUUUCUGGAGAUAACUUCUCAAAGUCUUGCUGUCUCUGAUAUCACAGUAGUGAAACAUACUGGGUAGUGCGGAAGAGCCAUAGCUCAACAGCAGAGCAUCUGCUUUGCAUGCAGAAGGUCCUAGGUUCAAUCUCCAAUGGCAUCUCUUGGUAGUGCUAGGAAACGCCUUAAACCCUGCUGACAGUCAGUGUAGACCAUACUGGGCUAGAUGGGCUGGUGGCCUGGCUUAGUAUAAGGCAGAUUCCUGUGCUCCACCAGCCGUGGGCCCUGACAAGAUGCUGUGCAAUUGGCAGCUGCCCAAGGCUGCCAACUGCAAACAGUGACCCUGGCCAGAAAUCAGUGAUUGUGAAGCUCCUUUGCCUUUCAGCUGUUCCAAAAUCUGAAGAAUCUGAUGAACCCCUGUCGGGUUACUUUUGAAUCUCCUCUCGAACUCUCUGCUCAAGGUAGGUUGCUCUGUGGCUUGGUGUGGGGGCUGAUUCGCUCAUCGUUGAACUUUUCUGGGAAUUGUAGCUCAUUGAAGACAAAUAGGGAAUCUCCCUAACAGUUCUCAGCACCUUUAACAAACUACAGUUCCCAGGAUUCUUUGGGGGAAAACCAUAACUGUUUAAAGUGGCAUAGCAGAGCUACAAAUGUUUAGUUUGCAGAUGGGGCCAUGAAAUGUGAACUCCAAGGGGUUACACCAACAUAGUUUCCAUAGACGUUGACCUAACCUUGCUACGUGGUGUUGACUCAGCCUUCUCUAUGUUGUGUUUCCAGGGAAGCAAAUGAUCGAGACUUACUUUGAUUUCCGCCUUUACCGCCUCUGGAAGACCCGCCAGCACUCCAAGCUUUUGGAUUACGAUGACAUCUUGUGAGCCAAGCAAGCGGUGGCUGAGAGUGGGUUGGUUUUAUUGGAGUCCCAAGUGUCGUGCAGAGGGAAAGAGAGAGACCUUUUCGCAGGCACAGGGGAGGCCUUAGGCGCCCCGUCAGGGGUGGUAGUUUGUGCUGCAGAGCAAAACAGGAGUGUUGUCGGAACGUCGGGAGACUUGGAGCGUGCAGCCUGCUUACCUGGAGUGCAGUGUCUGAUGGAGGGAGCGCUGCUGGAACAGGACAGGAUAGGAAUAUCCUCAUGGAACUGAGCUGAUUUUUUGAUCACGAAGGGCCAAACUCCAUUGCAGGUCCUUUUUAAACAGACAUUCCAAGCUCAGGUUUUCUUAACUACAAAAACUCAACUGAUCAUCUUUUAUCCCCCCCCCUUCUUCUUGUGCUACCAGAAUGGGGGAAGCAUCGCCUGUGUGCAAUGCCUUGUGGUUUCAUGUGCGGAUGUUGCCUCUUCUUUCACAGGCAAAGGAACACCAUGCUCAACCCUGCGUGCUUUUGAGAUGUGAGGUCCGAAAUGGUCUGAAAUGGAUUAAAGGAAGUUCAGGCUUUAAAAUCUUGUCCAUUUUAAUAGGAUAUAUAUACAUAUAUAUGUGUUUGUGCGUGUGUGUACACACACACACGCACACACACACUUUUUUAUAUGAAUAGAGGGAAUAUUUAAUUAGCUAAUGCUGUAAACACACAUCAGUAACUAAUAGAUGAGAUAUUUUUGGUCUGCUUGAAAAUAUAUUUGAAAUAGGAAUAUAUCUUCUGUAGACAUAUAUAUAUAUAUAUGUAAUCACCAGCAGGAUGGUUUUCUCACACGCUUUUUUCCUGCAGACCUGCAUGUCUGCUGUUACUUGGUUUCCAGGUUAGCUGUGGAGGGACACUUUUCAGCUGUGGGCUCUCUUAAGAGGGUCAAGGUGUCCUUUCAAGCAAAUUUCUGAUUUGCAGCUUGGCGAAAUGUUCUUUUGCCAGCCGUUUUUUUUCCUUUAGAUAUACAACAACAUGGCCGAGAAGGAUCUUGGUCUGUUUCCGCAAGUAGAUAUAUUGCAAACUAGAAAUGAAUAGCCAUCUUUCGAAAGACUCUCUCUUGCUGCACUUAACCUAGUUGUUUGGGUUUUUUCUCUCUCUGAAAGAUGGCUGCUGUAUAAGGAAUCGGGGAAAUGUCUGCUAGAACAGCUUAGUUACAGAGGGAAUGUCAUCUGCUUGUGUAUGGUUCAGAAUUUCAACAUAGGGAUAUGGUUUCCCUUUCUCCCCUCCCCCUUCUUUUGCACAGAGAAGGGAAUUUGCUGGUAGCAAACUGGCUCUUACCACAUACUGGGCUUGUCUAUUAUCUGUGAUUGAUCGUAGUUUGGAUGAUCCAGACCUGUGCUUAUUUACCUUUUGGAAGAAGUGCUGUGACAUAGCCACGUUUUAGGUUUUUUGUGGUCCUCCUACCUGUUCAGGUGAUAUGAAUACCUGAGGAACCUGCACUUUGUGACAAAGGUGUAGUCUCCCUGGUUAUUUUGGGUGGAAUUUCCUGGUCUUUCUUCUUUCCAUGAAGCGAAGUACUUUGGAAGCACUCAGUUGGCCUCGCCUGUUUUUCUUAGUUUCUAAGAAGAUUGUGAAGUGAAAACAAGUAUAUAUGCACUAUAAAUCUUUCUUGUGGUAAAAUGAAAACCCCACUUUAACAAGUCCACCACCCCAUGUUCUCCAUUGUUGUGAUGGUCUCCAUGCACCCUUGCUAUCUGUACCAUUGCCAGGGCAGAUGACGGAACUGCAACCCCGAUUGUCUGCCCAUAUUAAUGCUACAAAAGCUGUUCUUAGAAGCGGCGUUAACGAGAGCAUCCCAGGUAGCAAGAGAGUGCUGCUGUAAAAUCCACACUGUUCAAAUGGCAAUGGGUGUUUUAGAUUUUGGAAUUUUCCUGUUUCAAUCAUAAAGAAUUUUUUUAAUAUGUUUCUUUAAAAAAACAAAACCUGAAGGGUUUUUUUGUUGUUUUUGUUUUUGUAAAUCUGUACAGCAACUGUAUUCUACAACCUGUCAUUUUAUCUGUCAAUGGCAAUCCUUCGUUGAGAACCGCACACAGGAGAACAUAAAUUUCAAUAUUGCACUGGGGGAAAAGAUCCAAGUGGGGGAUUUGUGGAUCUUUGUGUGUGUGUGCGCCCCCCCCAAAAAAACCUAAUCAUCAAAAGAUCUGAAGCUAAAGCGGAAAAGUAGUUGGAAAUAACUAUUCAAGAACAAAAGUUAGACAGUUUAGGAAAAACAUUAACUCAAGACUGUUUAACCCACACAGUUGGCUCAUUGCUGUUUGUUAUGCAAAGCAGGGGACAAGGCUUUGAUUCUAUUUUUUGCUUUUCACAGACACUGUCGAGCAAAUACUUAAUUAAGCAAAGGACUAUUUUUUCUUUUAAAGGUGUGAGGGGGUGGGGAGUGGGAAGGUUUUACCAUCUUAGCUGUGCCACUAGGGGGCAACCAAACACUUCUUCCCUAGCACAAAGCCUCUGCGUAGAGGUGCGGGUAGUGGCAGCAGUUUGGUGGGAUGGGGACCGCUUCAUACAUGAUGCUUUUCACACAUAGGAAAUCUCAGCAUGAGAGAAAGCUGAGUGCAGAACCUGCGUUGUGCUGUAUGUUGCAGAUCAGGCAGCCAGCAUGGCAUCUGCCUGGUCCAUAAACUUUUUUUGGCACAAGGAAAUCACACUUAAAGAACAGGGAAACAGAAUAAAGGUCUGUCAGAUCCAGCAGUCAAUCUCCCAGCAACCACCUCUUGAAUGGCCCUGCAGAGAAGCUCGUAAGCGGAGUGUACAAUGGAGGUGGCAGCCACUGCAACUUCACCUCUAGUAUCCAAAUAUCUAUGGUAGACUGCUUGCAAACAUGGAGGCUCUGUUUUUAGUCCUUGUGGCUGAUAACCACUGAUAGACUUGGCCUCCAUAAAUCUGUCUAGGUCAGGGUGGUCCACGUGGGCUGCAAGGGCACUUUGACACAGAACUCACAGGCCACACACUGCCCUUGCCAUACAGAGCGGUGAGGAGGCCAAAAUUUGACACACACACACCCCUUAGCAUUUGCACUGCCUUCCCAAAGAUGGCUAACUGGGGGGUCCUAGAGCUGGGGAAGCACUUACUAGGCUUUGGGAAGGAGGCAGGAGAACUCUAGUACCCUGUCAGAGUAGUCAUACUUCCUACCCAAAGCUGGGUGGGCUUUGGGAAGGUAGCAGAAGACUGGCAGGGGGAGCAUUGAAUGUUGCCAUAGGCCACCCAGAAAGGCAGACCACACUUUGGACCAUCCUUGUCCAGCAGCGGAGCAAGCCGAUAAGUUGCCUGGGGCGGUGCCCCGGGGCGGUGCGAGCUGGGACAGGACCUCAGAGGAGCUGGGGCCUCAGAGGAGUCUGCCUGCCUCCUCCCACUCAGCCGCCCUACAGCUGGGGGGGAGGCAGUGGGUGGACUGUUUGGGGCAGAGUGGAGCCUGCGGGCACCCAAGCCACUGCGUCACUCCCAGGAGAGAUGUGUGGCUUGGGCGCGCUGCAGGCCCCACUGUGAGUGCCGCCCAGUAUUUUGUCACCCCUCUCUGGUGACACCCGGGGCAACCCGCCCCCACUGCAGCCCCGAUCCUCCACCCCUGCCCUGGUCUAGUUCCUUUUAAAAAAAAAAAAAGCCCUAACUUCUAGCUGUUUCCAGCUUCAUGUGACAGUUGUAUGUUCUGAUUUCCCAGAUCUUAAUGUAGGGGAGAGUUGUGAGCGUGUAACAAUCCUUAGAGAUGCCUGCACUCUCUCUCUCUCUCUCUCUCUCUCUCUCUCUCUCUCUCUCUCUCUCUCUCUCUCUCUGUGUGUGUUGUAGAGUUAUGCCAUUGGAAGGGUCUUGUCAGAGCCAAUGCUUUUCUUUGAGAACCACCCAGGAGAGGGAUGCAUUGAUAUCCCUCCCUGAGUACCUUGUUCUAUCCAUGAACCUCUACUCUUAUUUGCGGUAAGAAAGUGUUUCCUUAUGUUGUAACCAGAUCUACCUCCCUGUAGUUCAAAGCCAUCGGCUCGUCAUUUUCUUGGAGGAUGUGGUGAACAGACACUCCUCAUUUCUGCCAGUCUCUUACAUAGCCCUACUUUUAACACUUUGUCCCUUCAAACGUGCUCACCCACUUCAAGCUUUCCUUGAUCCAGUUUGCCUUCUACAAAAGAUCCCUUUGCAAUCUAUCGGUCAGCAUAUCCUUCCUGAAGUCUGUGAAUCUGGGGCCAAAUUCAGUAUUCCUCACCCCAAAAAUUCUUCCUACUGGCACUCUUUUUUUAGACCUCCUUUUGGCCACUGCACACUGGAAGCAUUUUGUUAAAAAGGAUGGGAGCAGGGUUCUAGCCCUCGAGGAUGGGAUGAUAAGGCUGCAACUUCUCAGGCAGUGCUCAGUGAUUAAAACUGGAGGUAGAGGUGGUUUUUCAGGCCAUGUGGUCUCCUUGCAUAGCUUUUGUUCCCCUUUGUGUGCAGUGAAAACAGGAUGCUGUAAAAUACAAACACUGAGAAACAGUACAUCAUCCACGUGGUUUGCAAAAUUCAGCUUUCCUUGAACAGAAUACAAUGUCACUUCUUUGCAGAACUGAUUUUUAUUUAAUGAAUGUAAAGUUCAAAAACAAGUCUGUUGAUUGAUGGUGUGAGAAGCCACAACAGCACCAUUUAAACACUCCCAUGUUUACAGGACAAUUUGCCAUGAACCCUGAAUUGAAAAUAGUAAGCGGCCUUAUGCUGUGUCAGAUCAUAGAUCCAUCCAGCUCAGUAUUGUCUAUGCCAGUCUUUCUCAACCUUGGGUCCCAGAUGCUGUUGGACUACAACUUCCAUCAUCACUGGCCCUGUUAACUAGGGAUGAUGGGAGUUGUAGUCCAACAACUUCUGGGGACCUCGGGAAGGGAAAAGCUAUACUGACUGGCAGUGGCUCUCUAGGGUUUCAGACAGAGUCUUUUCCAGCCCUUGGAGAUGCUGGGGAUUGAAUUUGGAACCUUUUUGCAUGCAAGGCAGAUGUUCUAGGACUGAGCUACCACCCUUUCCCAAAAGUAUUGUCCUGCCCAUGCAUCUUUUUCAGAUGCACCACUGCCUGAUCUAUGAUCCCUUUCAGUACUUGUUACUCAUUUAAAUAUAAUCUUUACAGAACAUAAAAUGCCUGCAAAUCUUCAAUCAUUGAUGCAAAGAACUAAUUCUUUUUGCUUCAGAAUAAAUACUUAGAGCCCCACACUAUGCAUUUGAAUAUUCCAUGAAAGACAUUCCCUUUAGUGAAAAGAGAAGCAAGGCAAAUCAGAAGGUCUCUGAGAAGUCAGGUCUUUAGCUGCCUCCUUCCACUCUGCACAAUAAAGUGGCAUUGGUGGACUUCCUUGUGCAGGGAAUGCUAUGGAAAUAUGAGAGCUCAUAUAAGGAGAAGCUGUUACUAGGUAGGGUACUUUCUUAUUUUAAAAGUCAUGCUUUCUCUUGUGAUGCAGUUUCAGCACCACCACCCCGCAUGACAUGAAUCUGGUACAACCACCAUAAUUCUUGUGGGUUUUUAGUACCAGCAGUGGUCAAUUUGGAGCACCAUAUGGACAUAGGGCUGAUGGGGAUACCUCCUGUCAUCUUCUGGGAGGACUUUGGUAAAUCUACAGUAGCCCCAUUCACUGCAGUGCUCCUGGGCUUUCUCUGAAAUUCCCUCUUAGCAAGGCAGAACAAAAUUUUAUAUUGCACAACUGCCUCUUAAUGUAAACCAAGCAAAAUCAGAAUGUUCUGGGAAAGAGAUUGGUGUCCAACCAUUGCUUCCCAAUUCUUUGCUCCUGCAAAAAAUAUACAUAAGUAACACCCCAGCUUAAGUCAGACCACUGGUCUGCCUAAUUCUGAAUGUCCUCAGUUUCCCAAGUUUCUCAAGCAGUUCUAUUGCUGAAAAUGCCAGGAACUGAAUUUGGGAUCUUUGGCAUAGGAAGGUGUUUUCCUCACUGAGCUAUAACAAAUCACCAUUCAAUACAAUCAACUGCAUUCUUCCCAAUGCCCCAUUGUGGUUCUGCGCUUCAGUUCUAGAAGUCCCCAAGCAGAAGGUGGCCUCAAUGUGGACACAAUUCUGUUUGGACACCAUGUACCUCAGUUUUUGAGCUUCUGGCAUGGAAAAAUCGUGUACGGCAAGGAGUGCACUGCAUUCUAAAGCCAUGAACCUCUGAAUUUUGUCCCAAACCUAAUCCUUUAAGAAAAAAUUUAAAUGAAAUAACUGAUUAGCUGACAAGGUGGCAUUUUAUCCUCACUUCAUUGCUCAUUACAAUUGGCAAUUUGUACUGUUCACUGAAGACCAGGACUGCACUGGGGUUGCAUUAGAACUUACCUAUUCCAGUAUACAGCAAUAACACAUCAGGUGGGUCUCCUGUGACAAUAACCCCAUUCCUUCUGGCCCUUGGUCUUCUCCAAGGAAGUCCAUUUUGUGAGCCCCAUGCCAUGUAUUACCAUCUUGAUCUCCGGGAUCAUUCUCUCUGUUGAGCAUAAAUAGCAUCCUGGCUCCGAUGCAACUAUGAGCCUCAAGCUUUGGACAGGGGAAAUAUUACAUUUGGCCAGAUUCCUAGACUUUUGGAUGGGCAUGUGUCAAAUUCUGUGGUUACUGUUAGCUUGUUUUGCAGCCUUGCCAUUUUUUUGGUGCAAAAAGGGAUGAUUGGGUUGGUCUGAGCAUCUAUAGUGCUCUCCACAGUGGGCUGUAGAGUGACACUGAGGCCUGGGAUAGAAAAAAGAUGCUAUAUGUCAAGGGCAUUUCACCAAUAUGACAGUUAGCUAAAUGUCUUCACAAUGUCCCAAUUUGGAGGGUAACUAGAAAGUUGGCUUGAUGCAAACUAGUGGCACUGAUAGACAUGGUCUUAUCACGAAGGACGCUGUGUUGGUGAAUAGAUACAGUUUUUGUUUUUGUUUUUCACAAACAAGUGGAUAGUAUUACCUGUCCUGCACAAUCUGAAGGAGAUAUUUGUUGACUGGGGGAGGCAUACAGAAGACAUUCAGUGUGGUGUAGUGCUCAGCACUGCAGGUAAUGACCAGGGAGUCCCUCAUUCAAAUUCUCACUUGGCUAUGAAACUUAUUGAAUGACCUUAACUCAGCCUAACCUACCUCACAGGGUUGUUGUGAGGAUUAAAUUGUGUGCUUAAGGGCAGAAGAACCUUGGGUGCUGCUUAGAGUUUUGUUUUUAGAAAGGGCCAUAUAAAAAUGUAACAUAAAUACAGAAGAGGAAAGCAAGCUCUAGCUUCUUGUGUCUAAUUCCCCCAGUGAGAGAGAUAUUUGGAACAUCACAGAUGAAGCUCCUGAAACUGGAAAGCUUUUGAGUGUUGGAACUGGGCUGCUUUUUAGUUUUCUGUUAUGCUUUUGGUAAAAGACACAGGCUGUGAUACAGUUAAAGGACAGAGAACGAACUCUGCAUUUAGGAAUCGCUACUUUCAACACAGCUGCUUCCAUUGCAGAAGAAACUUGCCUCCUCUGCAGUGGGAGAUGCUAAAACAGAAGUGCAAGGGUAGACAGCAGGGUGCCCUCCUUUUCUUGUUUGACCACAACACCCAUCAGUCCCUCCCAUCAUGGCCUGUGGUCAGGAUGGUGAGAGCUGCCUCCCAUAGCAUUAUGUGCAGUUCUCUCUGUAGCAGCUGCCGACCUCAGGAGUAUAGGGUGAGGUAUGUGAGCAUAAGAAUUAUCUUGUUGGUUUCCACCAAGGCCAAUAGGUUGUAUCCAAUGUAGCGCUGAAUUAAAAUCACUUAGCAGUAUACUUGUCUCUGCUACUGAAAUGUUUUGCACCAGUGUAACAUAGUUGUGCAAGAGGCAUAAGUAGGUUGCUCACCUCUCCACUACAGCCUUGGCGCUAGCAGGCAGCGAAUGUUGGAUACAACUGGAGCUUUGCUUUCAGUCCCUGGCUCCAUCUGAUUUACCACUGUUGGGAAGAAGAGGCUGGGACCCUGGUGUGAUCCAGCAACACAGUUCUUAGUUCCUAAACCUCCUUCAUUGUCCUUAAGUAGUUUUAAGGCUGGACUUGUUGAUUCAUCACCGUGCAGGUGGUCUUUCACCUCCCACCUCUUCAAGCUGGGCUUCUCAUCUCCUGUCUCACUCACCUGUAUUCAAUUAUCAUUUCCGAAAUAAAUGGAAGUUUCUAGGUUUUCAGAUGUGAUUUAAUAAAAAGAACCCUUGGGGAUGACUGACA